ACUGUUCUGGUUUGGUAAGUAGAAUCAGGCAAAAAACAUGAUCUGGUACAAUCUUUCUUCUCUUUAAUUUGAAGUAAAGAAGACUUAACAUGAAAAAAAAGAUUUGAAAUUCUUGACAUGUUUAUAUAUUUAUACUUUGUAAACCAAAUCAAACUCUGAGGUUUAAAGAAAAAAUUACAUACAUUUGAUUCUUGACGUGUGAUGCCAGGUAUAAUAACCUUGCUUGAGGAACACCUUACAGCCCGCAACAACGUGAAGAAGAGCUUCUGGCAGUAUGCAGUAUGAACAAUCAGAAAUCAGGCUUAAAUUCCAUUUUACCAAGUUUUUGCCAGUAGGCAGGGUGUUGUUUAAGUACCUUACGGUAAAGCCUAGCGCACACAGCAGAUUUUUGUCGCAAAAGACGAAGAUUUUUGUCUCAAAAGACGAAAAUCUGUAGUGUGCGGGGCAAAAUCGCAAAGAUUUUUGUCUUUUACGAUUAUCUUUGAGAUCAAAAAUGUUUGAUAUUUGUCUUUGUCUUUUACGACGAAAGACAAAAAUCGUGCAAUGUGCGGGGUCGAAAGACAAGUUUUUAAUUUUUAAACCAAUAAAACUUGGAUUAUAUGGUCACGUGAAUUCUGUGGAGCCUUUCUUUCCCGCCAAAAGAAAAAAGAUCGAGAACGCCAUGGAGAAUACAGAAGACGAAGUCGGUAUAUGGACAGCAAGCAAAGAGGAGCAGCUUGUCGAUCUGUGGCAAGAAAAGGCUUGUCUGUAUAUGGUUACGUCUCCAGAAUAUUCAGACAGAAACAAGAAGCUAGCAGCCCUGAACGAAAUUGCAACUAAACUUUCUUCAAACGUGAAUCAAGUAAAAAAAAGAAUCGCAUCUCUGCGCACGCAAUAUGCACGCUCCCGCAGAAUCCCAAGCAGUGGAAGUGCACGACCAAAAAAGACGAAGAAGACUCAAUGGAUAGAAGACCGCCUUCAAUUUUUAAGCCCAUAUGUAUCCAACAGAGUGUCUAUUUCUAAUUUGCAGUCUUCAACUGAAAGUUUAUCUGAGCCACAGCUUAACACUGGUGACAGUGACUGUGAUGGAGACUUGGACGACAAUGAUGCCCCUGCUGCAGAGACACCAGUUUCAACAAGCAGGCCACUGGCUGCUGUUAAAAAAUCCAAAACUGCAAAGCAGAAAAAGGAAGAGGAAGAACUCUCCAUUCUGAAGUCUCUUGCAUCAUCUUUCUCUGCAGAUGAAAAUUUAGCUGCAAAAAAGGAUGCAAAGCCAAGCCCUUCAGCUGCCUUUGGGGAAUACGUUACACAUGCUUUGUCUGUGAUGGAUGAGAAAACAAGACUUGUUGCAAUGAACAACAUUCAAAAUGCUCUUUUUCAGGCACAGAUGGGCUCUUUCUCGAAUGAAUUCAACAACCCAUAUCAUGCUGGUCAACAUGCUAGAAUGCAGUCUUUCAGGCAGUCACUUGACCAGCAAGAUAUGAGUGAAGGGCCAUCGUACGGACAAUUCUAAUCUUUAAAAUUCAUACAGUAUAUUGCUUUCACUGCACUCUUCAAUGUUAUGUGAGUUGGUUUUAAUUAGCACAUUAAAUAUUGUAUUGAAAACCAAAAAGUAGAAAACAAAAAAUGUUAUGUACCUGAAGAUAUCUAUCCUUAAGAUUCUGAUAAAUUGCAUCACAAGUUUCUGUCACUAUUGAUGAAAUUGUUCUUUCUCCAAGUCUAUAUGAAAAUCCCAGGCUGUGAAAUGACUCUCCUGUAAAGAUAUGCAACAUCUUAUUAUACCAAUCAAUAUCUAAAAUGAUAUGAUUACCUCAAUUUCUCCAUGUAAGAUUAUCAGAUUUAUGAUUGCAUUCAUUUUGAUGAUACUCAAUUCAAAAUGCUCAUUAUGAUUGGCAUUAAAGGUGAAAUGGUUUGUGAAAGAUAUCAAUUAGUAAGAAGUAUUGUCAUUAUUGUUAUUAAGUAUUGCUACGAACUCUGUAGAAGAAACAUUUAGAAUAUUUAAAGUUAUUUUUAUUAUUCACAAAUAUAUUUUUACUUUUCUCAUUUGUAUCCUAUAUUUUCUCUUUGAAUCAAGCUGGCAGACUAUUGUGAAAUCUCACCUGUUGCUAAGUAUCGUAGUGUGACUGCAAGUCUUUCUGCUGCACUAAUUGAUUUUCGCAUGUGUGUGUCUUUUCUUUGAAUCAUUGGUCUUACUUUGGCAAGAAGAGAUUUGAAAAGGUCUUCGUUGAGACGAAAAUAGCGUUGGUACAUAGGUUUAUCCUCCGAUGCUAACUCCUGAACAAGAUUCUGAUAUGCUCCCAGCUCAUUUCUACGCUCAAUCCAGGAUUUCACCCACAUUCGUCUCGCAAUUCGCCUCCUUCUUCUUCGUCUUAUUAAAAGGAUAAUAGCCAACAGUGCUUUCUUUUUUGUCAAAUUCAUAACCUUUGUCAGUUUCUUGAGCAAUUUUAUUCGUGUUUGGAAUUUUAUUUUACGCGCCAAGAAGUUCAAACAAUGUGAAAAAGAGGUCACAAAACUUAAUCGAGGCACUAAUCCGAAAAAAAUCGUGCUGUGUGCGGGCAAUCAGUUUUUAUGAAAAAGACAAAAAUCUUCGUCUUUUGCGACAAAUAUCUGCUGUGUGCGCUAGGCUUAAAAAUGAGAAGUUUUCAGGAAGUUUGCUUCGUAUGUCAGACAAAACCUUGUUGAAGUGUGGUACAGAAUGAUAAAGAAGAUAGAAUAUUAUAGUUCCUUGAGAAGUUGGGUGAUUUUGCAAGCGGCUCUUGAUGAACAGCUUAAAAAAACUCCUUUGUACUCCUGUACAUAUAAUAUUCUUUAUUGGUUUUGUUACUAGUAUUUUUCCAUAAGUUACAAAUGUUUCCAUUUGGAGAAGUUUUAAGAGCAUUUUGAUUGAUAGUUUGGCUUUGGAAAAAUUUGACAGAUGGUAAAGUACAACUGGGCCUAAAUUGGUUUUUUGAUAGAAUUAUGUUGUUGAGGGUGGCACUAAUUGGAAGCUCUAGCCAUUGGCGUAUUUACUUGACUAGGUUCUCAAGAUCCUCAACUAGAUAUAUGCCAGAAAAUUUUAGAAAAAUCGUAGUUGUUAUAAAGAUUAUUUUUUUUUCAUGAAGAGGUUAUGAGUCUAUUUGCUGAAGCAGGUUAGUCAGUGUUGGAACGAUCUCAGAAUUGUGUAUUUAAUUGGUCAAUUCAAAGCCAAUGUGGCCACCAAGGUACUUGAAUGAUUUUUCAUUUUCAACAGAGGGAAUGGUCUCAUUAUUAGCGAAAAGCCUUGGCUAACAUUGAAGAGAGCAGGAAGAAAAUUUCUUGAUACAGAAUGUUAUAUAUUUGAACUUUCCUUUGAGUAUCAGAACUUGAGAUCAACACCUUUAUCAGUGAUCAUCAUACGCACAUUCUCAAACAUCCAACACCCCUACCAUGAUCUAUGGCAUGUUCUGAAAGGGUUGACCAAGAAGUUGCGAGAAGCCAUCAAUUAAUUACGGUAUGAGAUUUUGCAGCAAUUCAAAAAAAUCUGCACUGGUGUGCUUUGUCAACCAAACAGGGAUUUGGUGAUCUUAUUCUGGCUAAAUGGAAGUAAAUCAUGAGACAUAUCGGUGACAGACAUACUGAUCAUCUGACCCUCUGUUUCCUCAGUGUGCACAUGAUGCAAUUGAAGAGCAUGAUUCAAUUCGUUGGUAUAUAUAAAUAAAGGUAAAAUUAUAAAUUUUAUCAUGUAGCAUUCAUUUUCAACAGUAGUAGCUUCAACUAACAAUUCCAGUGAACAGAAAACUUUGAUAAAGCCGCAUCCAUAAAUCCCAUUUUUAGGAGAUUUUCAUGAAGGGCAACACAAUUGAAGUAGUUGUCAAAGUAAACAUGGUGGUUUCUGCCAUGAAUGUUUGUUGUCAAAUGUUUGACAGCCCUUCUUCCAAGUUCUUUCUCUCGGCCAUGAUUUCCUCUUGGAUUCCCAAGGUAAACUUCGAACUCGCAAACAUACCCAUUCCUGCUGUCUGCCCGCUCCCAAACCUUGAUACCAUAUUUAGUUGGCUUGGCCGGCAUGUACUGCCCAAAUGACAAUAUCCCACAAAAUUUUUUCAUUGCUUUGUCUACAGCAUUUUCUCUGUUAGGACUGUAAUUCCCCAGACACUGUUUGUUGACAAUUUCCAAAAGUUGCCUAAUCAAGUGGAGCUUGUCUCUGUUCGAAUCUUGCCGAUGAUAGACACUGUAAUCUUCUACAUGGAUAUACUGGGAUAGUUCGUAGAAUCUAUCCCUUGUCAUGAUCUCAGCAAUGGCAUAAUCACCAUAAAAUUUGUCCUGGCUCCAAUACAUUUUGAUUUCUGGCAGGUCAACCAACGACAUGAAAAUUCUUAGGUCAACAAAGCAGCGCAUUUCAUCAGGUAUUGUUGGGGACCAGCACUCAUCUACCUUGUGUCGCUCCACCUGCAACUGCAAGGCAUACAAAUUUGUUUGCUCUGCCAAAGUGCAGUAAAAUCUCUUCAGGGAACAUUCUCUCAAAAAAGUUUAUUUCUUUGGCUUCACUAGCAAGAGUGAAUGUUGCUCAGACAUCCUCUACAAAUUCUGGGAUGUAAACGUCGUGAAGCAUUUAUGUCCAUCUGUUGGCUAUAUCGUCAGACAAUUCUUGGCUUUCCCCGGAGCUGAAAAACACGUCAAUGGAAAGGUCACUUUCCUCUGAUGUUCUCCUUAAAUUUCUAAAAUAUAUUUCUAUUGGCAAAAACUUUAAAAAUUGAAUUUCUCUGUCGCUACUGGAACUAAAAUAAUUGCAUGCAGCCAUUUUGCAUCUAAAGAUAAACACUAAACCUCUGAACUUUCAACUGUUGUUUUCUCCAGAUUUCUGACCCUGACUUACCCAAAAAUUUAUCACCAUUUGAAUCCACAUUGUUUAAACUACAACAUGGUAUUGUCUGAAUAACCAAUUAAGGGGAAAAUGACUGCAUUUAGCCCCAAUCAGAGCUCAUGUUGCCGCAUGACAACAGUCGGGACACGAAACGCAAAUAGAUUUGUUGCCGUGUGCCAACAUUCUAGACACGAAGCAUGAAAGGAAAUGUUGUCGCAUGUCAACAAUGGGAGUGUAUGAGAUAAAGAUAGAUUGAUAGAAAAACUGCUAUACCCCAUUCUCCGAAAAGUUUUUUGGUAUAAUUUCAUGAUUUGAAUGAAUUCCCCUCACAAUUAAUUUUUAUGACUUGAGGGAUUAUUUUUGAAAAUUUUCUAGAGGUCUGGAUUCAAGUAGCUCUUUCUAAAAGUAGAUUGCAGACCUAAUAUGGAAGUUGAGAAAUUGCUUCAUUGUUCUGAGGGUCUUAAUCUCUGUAAUAUUAUUAAUUUUAGCAUUUUGCUCUCUGGUACUACAGAAAAAUAAUCAACACCUUUCCUGGAGGUCUGGGACAAAGAACCCCAUCCAAAUAGAAUAUGGGGGCAAUUCAUGCCUGAUUAUACACUUAUACAACUCUGUACGCUUUUAAUAUGGAAGUGUGAUGUAAAAUCGGUAGAAUUAGUUGCAGAGUACUGGGUCCAAGUAUCAUCAUCUAAAAAUAGCUUUUUAGGUUUCUUUCCAGGUGGGGUCCCAAUCUGAUCGUUUUCAGCAUGUCAAAAACUAUAGGUCGGCCAAUUUUCAUGCUUUCUCCACUAAAUGGACGAUUGUUAUGGCUUUUUUCCCUCACUACCAUCCUAACAAGCUCUUUGCACUUUGUUUGUCCAGUAUCAAGGCAACUCCUUGUUUGUCCAGUAGUCUCCUAAUAAAGGCAUCUGGUCUAGAGACACGUUUUUGAGAUGGAAAUUACUGGUCCAAGAGCCUAACAGCUCCUUUGAACUCAUCUCUUUCCUCUGGCUGAGUUUCUGGAAAAGUGUAAAAUUUCUUGCAUACCCAUUCUUCCACAAUGAAGUAGUGGUGUUUUUUGGGCUAAAUAAGUUAUUCCCUUUUUAACAAUGAAAGGGUCGAAUGCAUGUUCCAUUUCUUCCAUUUUUCACCAACAAUUGUAGGGUCUCUAUCGCAGUCAAAUUGUGAAAUUCUGCCAAAAUCUGUACUAACAGGUGUUGCCAUGAUUUCUCAUUGCCAGUUUGUUAGAUCCCGCUCUUUUUAUAACAGGAUGCCACUGGAUUGAGCUGCAGAAUUUAGUCAAAUAACUUAUGCCAUUUCAAAAGAAACACCCGUUUUCUCAACAUGACCACAAGUUAGUAUGAAAAAUCAAUCUCUAUAUUUUAGAUGUGAUAGAAAAAGAUCAAAGUUUUACAUAUAAAGAUUUGCAAAUUGCUUUCAACCAAGCGUAUGGUAGGUAUCUUGUAUUUUAAUCAAGGUCCUCAAAAAAAUUUAGUCAACGAAACCAAUCAAAAAAUCUUCUUACAAAACUUAUCUUGUGUAUCGUCUUCUAGUCAAACUUGUUCCAUUUUUAUGCAUUUUAAAGGCUGUAGGAACUUGGAUUAUUUUGAAGCUAGAAAUAUAAAACAUCCUUCAAAUAACAUUUUAUGUAUUAUUUAUUAAUUAAAGUGGGACAGCGUUAAAAUUUCCAUUGCUUUUCCUUUGAAAUAAAACUUUUAAAAAAUAAAACUGAGUUUACUUGAACUACAUGUGUUAUUUAAAGCUCUUUUAAUAAUUGUCUGGGAUAUAUAUUGAUUUCUCUUGUUUUACAGCAAAAGCCAUCAACUGCAAAAAUGCCAAGGUUCCCUAUUUGAAAGGAAAAUUUGAGAUGAAAGGCAUCCCAGACAUGGAAAAAGGAGAAUGGCAAUAUCAAGAAGCCUUCGGAUUAUGGGCAAUCUCAAAUAAAUCGAAUUAUGACCGUUAAAGAGUCUAUUACAUUCAAGGGCAUUACGCCAGUAUUAGCUGCACCACCAAAUGUAGAACUUAUUGCUGCAACACCAAGUGUAUUGGCUGCUGCAUGUGUAUCAGAUGAGGAAAGUGCUACUGAAAUUGAAACCCAGAUUACACUGCAUACGGAUUUACCAGUCUCCAUGUUCAAAAUUGUGGAAGAGCAAGUGGUAUUAAGGGCGCUCAAUGGUGAUAGAAAGAUUGAAUAUAUAAUAGUCUUCCAAAGCCUUGAAUAUAGUCUUGAAUAUAUAAUAGUCUUCCUUAUAAUAGUCAAUAUAAAAGUCUUCCAAAGCCUCAGGGAUGAAGAAGUUGGGCAGUUGAUGGACACCUGUCUUUACUGAGCAUGCAUUGGAUGUUUUCAAGGAAAUAUGCAUCACAAGAAAAGGGUGUUGUCUUGUCAACAUAUACUGAUCAUGCUGGUGUCUUUUGGUUGUUUUACUAUAAAGGCUUUGCAAAGGAUCUUACUAAUUGGAAUUGUGAUGAUUCAGUGCCUGGAUACUGGCUCGACAAGAAGAAGGGUCCAGUUUACCGUUUUUUUUAGGUUUUAUAGUUUUGAUAGGAGUUUUUUGUAACGUCAUAAAUCUCAUUUUCUUUAAAAGUAUAAAAUGCAGUAGUGAUGGUUGGUAACUGUUUCUUAUGUUUCAUUAGUACUGCCUUUCGAAUCAGGUAAAAUGUUAAAGGUGAUCUCUUCCUCGUUUAUUUUUGAUGUUGCUGAAUAGUUUAUGCAACACAGUUGAUAUCUUUUUCAUAUUUUUCUAAUAAUUGUAAUAUGUUUGUAUUUUUGUAAUUCUUUAUUUACUACUUACAACUGAUUAAUUGUCUAAACUUUUUUAUCCUAGCUUAAUGCUUGCCAGUUUUUUCAGAUCCCUCUCUUUGAUCUGCGUGCUUGUUCAUUUUAUCAGCUGGUGUUCAUUUUUAGCUUUAGGGUUUACCGCAACUUUAAAUGAUGUUUUGUACCUUACCAUUUAGGUUUGGCUUUCUUUAUUGUCAAAAGCUCUCAAUUUUUAAGGAUUUGAUCACCAAAGUUUUUUUUGAACUCUAAACACUACAAAUGGUCACAAAAUUUGCAUACAGCCAACAAAAUUUGCAUACAUCGCAAUUUUUAUUGAAGUUCUAAUUUUGAUAUGUAUGCUUUUGAAAAUGGCUUUGGAAAAAAGCAAAUAAACAGCCUAAAAUCAUAUCAAAUCAUUAAUGAGAAUGGAGCUGAAGUUUUUGACCAGUUAAAAUAAUGGAGGGCCUUAUACCCCCACACCCACGUGUCUUGUUGCCAUGCUGUGGUAUCAUUAAAGAUGCAAUAGUUACUGUUGUCAUCAUGUGAGGUGCGGUUGGCAGAUGCUCAAUGAGCAAGAGACAAGCAAGCAAGAAGAUAAAUUAAAAGUAAAGGGAAUCUUUUUUACUGUAUGAUUGCACGAUCAAAUUCAAGUCAUAUUUUCACCAAAGGGACAUAUGACAUUCAACUGUCACGAUACCCCCUUUUUCUUCAUUCAUUUAGAUAUAUUUUUUUCUAUUCUAUCGUCAUCAAUUAGUUGCUUCUUUUAGUUUAGCCGACCUUUCUGAAUCAGUUUAAUGACUAACUUUCAUUACAUCGUUUCAGCUCUACCUACGUCUUACCCUCGUUUUCAUUCCUUUUCGAUAUCUACCUUUAGUGUAUGACUCGGUUGUUUUUCUUACAUUGUAUCGUCGCUAAAGCUAAUAUCAUGUUAGUCACUUUUCCUGUUUUUCUAAAAUAUUAUUGGUUAAGUUCUUCACGUGUUUCCGCGUAGCUUUUUAUUUAAACAGUAGUUUGUAAUUAGAAUUUAACUUGUGUUCCAUGUCUCACUGGAGUCAUGUUUAUUGUUGAUUGAAUGAAAAUGUUAAUGUGAAACUUGUACUUUUCUAUACCGCUCGAGCCUGACUGCCCUUCACAUAUUUUUGCAAGAGCACCUUCAUGGAGGUAGGAUGUGCCUCACUGCGAGUUUCAAGGAAUUGUUCAAGAGAUUGUGCUCUUUGUUUGCGCAACUCAGCUUAAAGGACAAGUGACACGCUUUUGGCGCCAAAUUUUUUUUUCUUUUAACUUAAAGUAAAAUGCUGUAUGAGAGUGUUGUUGAAAUAUUUUUUUACUUUCUGAUUUCAUUUUCCCACUUAAAAACCCAUUUGAAAUUAUGGCGGGAAAUGAAUCACGUGACACCGUGAUGUAGAUUGUGAUAAUUUGUUAUUACUGCUACUGGUAUAGAGUGCAAUAUUAACGUUUACAACACGCUUGUAAACGAAUACAGUUCGUCUGGACCUGUUGCGUCGUGUUUCGUAAACUCUCUAUCAAUUACAGGAAAAUUCUGAGUUAUUACAAUGUACGUCAUAGGGUCACGUGAUAAAAAGCAAAAUCGCGCCCCCUGCACCCCCUGCGCCCCCUGAUUAGAAUUUUUUGUUCCAAACCAGGAAAAAAUUACUUCUAAAAGAUGAUCUAUAAGUUAAUGAAAAGAAAAGAUAGGGUGAAAAGUGUGUCACUUCUCCUUUAAAUUGACAAAAACUGAAAAACUAUUUUAUACCAAGAUCUCGUGUAAAACAACCUUAUUCCAGUCAAAUUCCAAUUUUAGAUGCCGUUGGACGCUUGUUUUGUUGCGAAAAUAAGGUAGUUGGAAUUUUUACGACCUGCACUUCGAUUCGAAAAUCCAAGCCAAAUGCGGUAUUCAGGGGCAUGAAAAUGCUAUGUAUUGUCCUGAUACCGUCUCAUUAGACACCAGAGCAAGAGGCAAUUUACUCCUGCAAAUAGCGUACGAGAUUUUCCCUAAAAAGAAGAAUUGCUGGGGAUUGUCAGGUAAAACAAAAGGAUUUUCAAAAAAGGUGUACAAUGUUUUCUUGGAGUGAUUUGCCCCUCGCACCAGACAGUAGAUUGUUUGAACAUGAUUCACUCCGUGUAUUUGAUUAAAAUGAAAACUCAGUAGAGGUCUUGUUGUCUUUGCUGGAAUUUAUGGAAAAACGGCUUGACAUUGUUGAUUGUGCAACGGAAGUUACGAAGGAUAACUUCCUUUCCUUCGUAAAGCUUACAGCCAGUCAAAAUGAUAAACAGGAAAUACAUGCCUCAGCUGCACCAGACCUUGAUUUGCGGUCACUGGCAAACUAGUAUAAUGACAUUCAGGAGACCGAUAUUAGGAAAGACGGCAACUCAAAGGCUCUCCUGAAACAGCUUUGCAGACAGGAGCACUACAAAGAGGUAGCACAGGUUAUGGCCUGGAUUCUGGUGUGCAAGCCAAACUCAGCAGAUUGCGAGAAAUUGGUCUCGGUUUAUAGUAGCCUCAAGACAAGCACCAGAAGCUGGCUUCUACGCGAAACGAUAAGCAACUAUUUAUAUGUCAGCAUGAAUAUGCAUGUCUUUACCAUGUUCAACCCUAGACCUGCUGUGCACUACUUUCUGCAAGACCGAAAUCAUAGAGUAAGGGAUAUACCAAAGGCAGAUCGACAAGUGUGAUUUUGCAAAGUAUUUGAAAGUGAAAAUGAGACACAAGACGAAGAAAUGAACGAGAAAAAGCCUUUGCAACAUUUUUACUGACAGAAGAUAUGGUAUAUUUUACAUAAACGUUUACUCUCAAGUUCCUAAUUGUAAGGGGGUGGAACUCCAUUUUUCAAAAAUUUUUCAUACUCAUUUCCAUUUAUCAACAACCCCUUAAUUAUAUAUUUCAUGGAAAGUUCCUAUUUAAAGACCCCCAACUUUAAACAUAAUUUCGGAAAAUUUAAGCAUUUCAAUCUAUUAUGACCCAUUUAAGGGUUUAGGAACUUGAUAGUACUUUGCUCGCAGAUAUCUAAUCAUGCUAUCAAGUUUCAGAUAAAGUUUUGUUUGUUUAUCCUGGGGUAUGCUAAAUGCUUGUUUUUAGGAGAGUUUUGACAGUCUACUUUAGGAAUAGGAAUCAGAGGUAUAACAUUGGACAUAAAGAUAUAAUUUGUUUGGUUAUCUAAUAGGCUAGAAAAUGGCCAAUGAAACCUGACAGCAAGCACUGAUGCAUCUAAUUGAAAUAUUGCUUAACUAAGGGAUGCACAAACUGGUGCUGAGUUGGCUGAGUCUUGUUGCCACGUUGUAUAACUAGCAUACCGGUUUUUAAAAUUCAAAGUUGUUAUAAGUCGUUUCUGGCAAUUUUCUAAAAAUAAAUUUUCAAAAUUUAUUUUUUCUGGCAAAAACCCAAAAAAUUCACUUUCUUCGUUUCUCCUCGAACUAAAAUAAUUGCAUCCAGCCUUUUUUGCAUUGAAAGGUAAACACACUAAACCUCUCAACUUUCAACUGUUGUUUUCUCCAGAUUUCUGACCUUGAACUGCCAAAACAUUUAACACCAUUUGAGGUGGAAAAUACUGGUCCAAGAGCCUAACAGCUCCUUUGAACUCAACUCCUUCCUUUGGCCGAGUUUCUGGAAAAGUGUAAAAUUUCUUGCAUACCCAUUCUUCCACAAUGAAGUAGUGGUGCUUUUUUGGGCUAAAUAAGUUAUUUCCUUUUUAACAAUGAAAGGGUCGAAUGUUCCAUUUCUUCCAUCUUGCACCAACAAUUGUAGGGCCUUCAAAUUGUGAAAUUCUACCAAAAUCUGUACUAACAGGUGUUGCCAUGAUUCCUUAUUGCCAGUUUGUUAGAUCCCGUAUUUUAUAUGACAGGAUGCCAGUGGAUUGAGCUGCAGAAUUUAGUCAAAUAACUUAUGCCAUUUCAAAAUGAAACACCCGUGUUCUCAACAUGACCACAAGUUUGUAUGAAAAAUCAAUCUCUAUAUUUUAGAUGUGAAAGAAAAAGAUCAAAGUUUUACACAUAAAGAUUUGCAAAUUGCUUUCAACCAAGCGUAAGUGAACGAAACCAAUCAAAAAAUCUUCUUACAAAACUUAUCUUGUGUAUUGGCUUCUAGACAAACUUGUUCCAUUCUUUAUGCAUUUUGGGGGCUGUAGGAUCUUUGAUUAUUUUGAAGCUAGAAAUAUAAAACAUCCUUCAAAUAACAUUUUAUGUAUUAUUUAUAAAGUGAGGCAGCUGUGAAAAUUCCAUUGCUUUUCCUUUGAAAUAAAACUGAGUUUACUUGAACUCCAUAUGAUCUUUUAGACAUAUUAGACUUGAAGCUCUUUUAAUAAUUUUCUGGGAGGGUUAUUGAUUUCUAUUGUUUUACAGCAAAAGCCAUCAACUGCAAAAAUGCCAAGGUUCCCUAUUUGAAAGAAAACUUUGAGAUCAAAGGCAUCCCAGACGACAUUCCAAGGAGAAAGGAGAAUGGCAAUAUAAAGAAGCCUUCAGAUUAUGGGCAACUCAAAAAAAUCUAAUAAUGACAGUUAAAGAGUCGAUUACAUUCAAGGUUAUUACGCCAGCAUUAACUGCACCACCAACUGUAGAAGUUGUGGCUGCAACACCAAGUGUAUCGGCGGUGGCAUGUGUAUCGAUAGAGGAAAGUGCUAAUGAAAUCAAAACCCAGAUAACAUUGGAUACGGAUUUACCAGUCUGCAUGUUAAAACUUGUAGAAAAGGAAGUAGGAUUAAGGGUGCUGAAUGGUGGUAGAAAGAUUGAAGAAAGCGAGAUAAACGUUUUCAAACGCCUCAGGGAUGAAGAAGUUUGGCAGUUGAUGGACACCUAUUCCAGGGUUUUUACUGAGCAUGAAUUGGAUGUUUUCAAGGAAAAAUAUGCAUCACAAGAAAAGGGUGUUGUCUUGGCAACAUAUACUGAUCAUGCUGGUGUCUUUUGGAUGUUUAAGUUUGAAGGCUUUGCAAAGGAUCUUACACAUUUGAAUGGUGAUGAUUCUGUGCCUGGCUACUGGCUCGACAAGAAGAAGGGUCCAGUUUACCAUUUUUUUAACAGCAACGUCCAUUCAAUAUAGCAAGAUCAUAAAGGACGAUUACCAAAGUAUUAUAAGAUGGAAACACAGAGUGGGAAAAAACGAGGCAACUAAGAGUGGACCAAGAGUUUCUCUGCUUGUUGAAGAAAAAAUCAAACUGUUUAAUUAAGUGCUUUGCUUUUGCUUUGUGUGAUAUUCGGGAGACUUUUAAUUUUCACUCUUUGAUGCCUUUUUAACUUUCCAUCUUUUACAAAGACUGAGAACCAAUAGUAUUGAUAGGAGUUUUUUGUAAAAUUAAAAAUCUCUCAUUCUUUAAAAAUAUAAAAUGCAGUAAUGAUGGUUGGUAACUGUUUCUUAUGUUUCAUUAGUACUGUCUUUCUCAUCGGGUAAAAUGUUAAAGGUGAUUUCAUCCUCGUUAAUUUUUUGAUGUCGCUGAAUAGUGUAUGCAACACAGUUGAUAAUCUUUUUCCUAUUUUUCUAAUAAUCUUAAUAUGUUUGUAUUUUUGUAAUUCUUUAUUUUACUACUUACAACUGAUUAAUUGUCUUAACUUUAUUAUCCUAGCUUAAUGUUUGCCAGUUUUUUCAGAUCCCUCUCUUUGAUCUACAAUGCCUGCCAAAAGUAGUUGGAACGCCGAGAUUGUACUCUUAAUAAAUGUAUAUUUUUCAGUUCAUUUCCCUUUUUCAAGCAGAUGGAACCCCCUUCCCCCCUUAUACAAUGUUGUGAAGAAGGAUAAACAUGUUGCUAAACAUGGGUUGCAAAAUUUGCGCGGGAGGGUAGACAUUUAGUAGGAAAGAUGAUUGAACUGUUCCAACACUUUUGGCCGGCAUUGUAUAUGCUUGUUCUUUCUAUCAGUAUGGAGCUCUGAAAUCGAAUCACCUUUCCAGUUUCUAAAAAUAUAUUUCCUCACUGGUGUUCAUUUUUAGCUUCAGGGUUUACUGCCACUUAAAUAAUGUUUUGUACCUUACUGUUUGGGUCUGGCAUUAUUUAUUGUCAAAAGCUCUCAAUUUUAAGGAUUUGAUCACAAAAGUUUUAUCUCGAACUCUAAACGCUACAAAUGGUCACAAAAUUUGCAUACAGCCCACAUAUGACUCGAGUCUGAGCCUUGCACUCGCAAUUCUUAUUCAAGUUCCAAUGUUGAUAUGUAUGCUUUUGAAAAUGGCUUUGAAAAAGGCGAACAAACAGCCUAAAAUCAUGUCAUUUAUGAGAAUGGAGCUGAAGUUUUAGACUUGUUGAAAUAAUGGAGGGUCUUAUACCCCCACAUCUACGGCUGUUAAGUAUCUUGUUAUCAUGCUGUGGUAUCAUUAAAGAUGCGAUAGUUACUGCUGUCAUCAUGUGAGAUGCUGUUGGCAGAUGCUCAGUAAGCAAGAGACAAGAAAGCAAGAAGGAUAAAUUGAAAGUAAGGGAAAUCUUCUUUACAGUAUGAUUGCACGAUCAAAUUAAAGUCAUAUUUUUACCAAAGGGACAUAUGACGUUCAUCUGUUGACAUAUAAAUGUGCUAAACAUUCACAUUAUAUUCAAUUUUUUGCCCCGUUCACACUGUUCUUCUUUAUGUGUCAGGCGCUAAGGCGUUGACGAUCAUGCUCCUUCAAAUUUCUUAAUCUUGUUACAGUCUGGUUACAGAUCACUUUACACUGUUACAGAUCACUUUUUGAUCUGUAUCAAAAUUGAUAUGGAUUGGCCUCCCAUUUGCACCACUCCUAGUUAUCCGUAGCAAAAUUGAUACAGUUGACUGUAUCACUUUUGAUCCUUCUAGCAAAAAGAUAGUAAGUGAUCUGUACUCGUGAAAUCAAUUGUAAACAGGGCAAUCUAUAUCACUCUUGAUACGGAUUAACAAUGAAGCUUUAAAUCAGCACGCGAUUGAGACUAUUUAGCACCAACAGACUCGAUUGAACUCUAUUUUGUUAAUGCCUGGUAGGCUGGAACUUGGUGAGAUAACCUAAUCAAUAAUGUUGUAUCGCCAGUAUAAUGUGUUGAGAAUUUUAGAAGGUCCAAGGACAGUCUCUUGAAUCUAUGUUAUGAGUUAUGUCAAACAGUCAUUGUUCGGGCAAUUUUUUGCACCUAACAGAGAAGGACUUUGAAGUAUUAAAGGAGUUUUACUUAACAGCAUACAAAUUUUAGCACUCACUCAAGAAUCCAUACUGGUGUAAAUGGAAAGGCUUUCAAAUAAAGGUUUGAUGGUUAAACAAAAUCCUUCGAGUAGUGCCCAGCUUGAAUUUUUCAUAACAGAGACUCAAUGGAAGCGCACAUUUAACGGGUCUGAAUCCUAUUCUAGCUCAGCUUUUGACAUAAAUUAAUCUAGAACAUUGGACAAGAAAACACUAGCAAACAUAGAGAUGUAGUGUUGCAUUUCAAAUCUACAAAAUUCAUUGGGGUCUAAAUCUUUCUUAUUGCGGGAUUUGUAAUAUUCAGUUCUCCUUGAAAAUGCGACAUUCGCUAGAAAUUCACAGCUUGUAGACAUGAUAGACGACGGGAUUUCCUUACCAAAUUUUUCGUAGGUAAUUUUUUCAGAUAAAAUUUGGUUUCAAGUAAUUAGCAUGUGCUUGUUUAGGACACCUCUUAGACAGGGUUUUUAACAUGACUGCGAUAGAAGUUUGCAUUCUGCAUAAAAAAAGCCUUGUUCUUUAUAGCAUCUUUUUUCCAACUCAUAAAGCUGGAUAAUACAGCGUUUUGAAGCAAAAGGUAUUUUGUCUAUAAGAGAGGUCCGAGUAGAUUCAGAUUUUUGGUAAAGAUUCAAAUUCGAAUUUCUUGUUUCUUUGAAUGAAACUUUUUCAACUGACAGCAAAAUAUGUUCCUGAAGCACUAUAGUUGGGCGAUGUAUUUUGAUACUUCAAAUUUUUGUCGCUUUGUAUAUUGGCCUACACGUUGUGCAAGACAUAUUGCUUGUUUCUGACCCUCUAAGAAAGGAAGGUGUAAAAAAUUAGGACAGGAAUAUUUCUUGGUAGCAUUAUUAUGUUUUCCAGUAUCUGGAAGGAUUAUAAUAUCUUCUUUAUAAACGGAAAAUUAAGCUAUUAAACAGCAUUGAGAAACACAUUUAUCAGCUAGCUCUUGUGAAACAUAGCGCAAAGUGAGGAAAACAAAAUAUCUUUCUAUGACACAAAGAAUUUAGUUGGAAGCAAUAACUUGUUCAUUCACAUAAUAAAAAAAAUCAAGUUAAGCUUGAACCAGUGUGAACUAUCUUGAAGCUACCUAGGAAACAGAUCCUCAGAAUAUUAUCUGACUUUUUGAAAGCAUUAAGUAUUGCCAGUAAUAUCUUAUUAGUAUAAUCUGUUAUAUCAUUAUUGAAGUAUCUUAGCAGUUUUUUAUAGGUAUAGAAGGUAAAAACUAAAAAAACAAUGUGUCAAUAAAAUUGUAAAAUCCAAAAUGGAAAAAUGAGAAAAAAGCAGAUAAGGAGCAGUCACUACCACCUGGUUACAGCCUCAAACCCAGAUGGGGGGUGGUUGUUUGUGCUCCUUGUAUGUUCAGGCAAUGAGCUUGAAAACGGGCAGAAAAUGGUAAAAAAGCACCUAAUCAGCCAGAAACCCACAAGGGACAUUUUGGGGCUUUAAUUCAGUAUGCCUGUUUCACAUGGGCGCCCCUCGCAAUCCUGCGUCCAGGAUCACGGUUGCAAAAUAAAUAUAGAAGCAAUAAGAGUGAAAAUUUAUUAAUCAGUGGAUUCCGUACCCUAGAUGUAACUGUGCCACUGGUGUAAUAUUUAUAUAUUGUUAAAGUUAAAGGCGCAUGAUGCUUUGAGAAGCGGCUUUGUGUUAAUGGCCUAAUUUAGAGUGUAGCAAUUGAUCUUUGAUGUUAGGCCUUCUGGUGAGGGCUAGAACCGGUCUGGUGUCAUUCCAUAUUUGUUUAAGAUAACCAUCGGCAUCAUUAAACAACACGCGUCAUACUAAUAUAUAAAAUGGCCAACUUCAUGGAGAAAGACGUUUUAUCCUCACCAGAAUCCAUCACGGACAGUGGCAAGUCACACUGGACAACCUGCCAGCAUUCGAUUCUCAAUGUUUCUAUUGCGUCCCAUUACAAUUUGUAUUUCCCGCAACAGUAAAGUCUACAUUAGUGGUUCCUUAGCUAUCAGCUCCGAUUAUUAACUAAUUGCUUAGAUUGAUAUUACUCUCCAGCAUCCACUUUAGUACUGCAUUUUGUUGUUACUUGCGGUUUCUCACACAUCAUAGUUUGCUUCUGUGCCCACCCUCUUGGGCCUUACAACUGUAGCUUAUAUUACCGGUUCGGGCUACCUGGCUUUCCUCCAUUUCUCUAUAUUAUGCGAAGCUCACUGUGCAUGCGCUGGUACUGUCUCCUUGGCCCUCUUUGCGGGUGUUGGGUAUGUUUCUCCCUGUUCCCAGGGGCAAACGCUGCCUGUCUCUUGGCAUUACAGUUAGCUAUUCUGAUUAUGUCCGGAUUUUAGUGCUCUUCCAUUUCCGACUGGACUCGUGUGGCUUUGGCCUCCUCCUCUAUGGCCAGUUCGGUGGCGGGACACCAUUAUGUGGCAGAUAUCUCUGCAAAGGCUCGCAAUGGCCGCAUCCAGCCAGGUUGCAUUUGGGUGUGACAGGGGCCUGGUUAAGUCUUAUGUGAACGAGGGUUGGGUUAAGGUAGGGAAAUGGCCAGACUCUGCACUCCAGGAGAAAUAUUCAUGCUUGUUCUCAUGGAAUUUUUUCGAGCACAUAUGUCUGGCAAGGUUGUUUACAAAGGUUUGGGGUGGGGACAGAGGGAGGGUUUUCAAGGAACCUCUGGAGGGUUGAGUUCAGGUGAAUUAAUAGGGAAUGUUGGGACUGGGAGUGUGGCGGCUGGGGUGGGGGCAGAUUUGGAGUGGGUUUUUACAGAAGUAGGAAAGGUUGGUGCAGACCAGGUGGACAUAGUGGUGGUGGGUGUGGUAAAUAUAGGGUGUGGCCGUGGUCUGGACAGUGGAAGGAUUUGCGGCUCGUUUUGGAAUAGUGGGUAGGGAUUCGGGAGAGGCCAGGGGUGGGGCUUGGUGAGUUAAGGUUUGAUGGGUUUGCAGACUUGAUUUUCUUUUCUUUUUUAGUCCAAGUGAAAGGCCUUUGCCAGAUUUUGAUCUGGUGUAAUCCUGUUGGGCAGGUGUUUUGGGGGGAGAUCGUACAGGGGGUCAGGUCAAUGUCCAUCAGAGCCGUUAGUUUGGUAGUAGCUGAUGACACCAGUGACGUCACCAUGGUGGUGAAGGCAAAUGCGAUAGUUGCCAUGUUCGGAAUUCCAGAUCUGUAGGGCACUAAAAGAUCGACAACAAAAAGCACGCAUCAAGAAAGCAGGCCUCUAUUUCUCCAACUUGCUACUGCAACUUUCCAACUACUACUACUACAACUUUCCAACUUGCUUUCCUUCCAUUCAACCCCCCCCCCCCCCCCUGAUUACUACUUUUCAGGAAAUUCUCAAACUCCCCAAUCAUUUCAACACCCUAUUUUUCAGUACUUCAAAGAUAGUCUCAGGACUUCUUUUCAGCUAAAAUAAUAUAGUUUUCUUAAUAAGUUACUUCACUGUGGUGGCCCCAUCUAAAAUACACUUGAAGCUGUUAUUGUGUUUCCAAACAAAUGUGGAUGCUAUCCAUUUUCUACUGCUCUGUAGUAGCAAGUUGUAAGCUUAAAGACUAAUUAAUAUUAUUACAUGAUUGACCUUUAAAUUUUUUUCAAUAUUAUGGCUAAUGAUUUCGCCCUUUCACGAUAAAUGAAACCUAAUAUGUAAAAUCUUUUACCUUCCUAAUUUCUAGGUGAAACAUUUAACAGCAUAUUAUUCCAAUAUAGAGUAGGAGAGCGAACAGUAUCUUACUUGUGGAAGAAACAACACAAGCACUCUUUUCUGCAUUUAAGAAAGUCUACUUGAAGGUAGAAUACAUUGAUACUAGAUAGAAGUCAUAAACAUAAAUGUGUGAUUCUGUUGAAGUAUGUAAGAUUUAUAAUUUUUGAAGCUGGGAAUCCUGAUUUGCUGUAUAGCCUGGUUAAGGUGAUUCAACAUUGUCAGAGAAGAACUGAGUAUCCAUUCUAUGCAAUCUCUGCUCGGGUGAUUGAAGCCAGCUUGGGUUUCCAGGAUACUGAGUUGAUCCAUAAUACCUGCUUGAGGCAUAGAUUGACCCCUUUUGCAUUGGAUUUGCAUUGGAUGCCUGGUGGCCUAAUGAUCCCAUCUGGGCUUGAACGAUUAUAGUUGAUAUUUCAUGCUGUGCUAUUUUCCUUGUGACAGGAUCUAAUUCGCCAAGGCUCUCUGCUACAAAAUGACCAAAGCUUGCAGUGGCACUGUUGCAAUCACUCUUCUGCUUUCUUUUCUUUGUUUGGUUUUUGGAUGUUGCCAGACUUUUAAUAUGAAAUAUGAAAUUUAUUGUGGAAGUUACAAUUAUAGAAAGCAGAAAAAAUCUUUCAGUGACUGACUGAAUAACAUACUAAGCAAUGUGCAAUUUUGCUUUUUUACAGGCAAGUCUUGGGUUGCUUUCAUCUGCAUUUCUUGCUUUACUAUCUGCAAAUAUUUUAUAGCACUGCCUUGCUCGAAGCUUCAGGGUCUUUUGUGCUGGUAGAGGAAUACCAUGUGCUUUCAGUUCAUCUGCUAAGGUUUGUGUCACUUUUUCUUUUCUAUCUUUUUUAAAUUGAUCCCAUGUUUUUUGCAUACAAAUGCUUGUUGCUUUGAAAAACAACGGGCAAAUUAACCUGAAAGAACAGCAUUGAGAAUCUUAUUUUGAAUUAGAUUUAGCUGAAUGUUUGCAGCAGAUUUGAAUUUUCUGUAAAAAAUUUGGUUUCUUGUCAUUCUGUGCUCGUUUUUUCUAUUAGUUUUGAUUAGCAUGGACUUUGCACAACACGAUGGCAAGAUAGAAUUAAAUUGAGUCUUAAUUCGAGUACUUGGUUAUACAUACAUGGUUGCAAGAAGUUUUUUUAUGUUUAUAUUUUUUUAUGCAAGAAGUUUCAAAAGUCAUUUCAGUUUUUUUAUGAAGGUUUCACUCGAACACUGUUGGUUACACAGGAUGAAGAUUUCACUCUUCGAGAGAUUUUAAGUCAUUCGAGAGAUUUUAAGUCAUUCGGAGAUUUCAAGUCAUUCAAGCUUGUUUGAUACUUGCUUGCCAUAAGACAAAGCAAUUAUUGCAAAAAAAUCUACAACAGCUGGCAGCAAAUCUUGCCAUUCAUUCAUCAAAUAGCUGUUUUUUGCUUUCUCGGGAAAAUGUUCCCUCUUUUUCAAGGUUUAUAAGUUAAACUUACAAAUGACCUUGAUUUUAUGCCAUUUAAUGAUUUUUAUGAUAUUUUCUCCUCUGAAUUCAAAGAAAUGAUGGAUUUCCACUGUCAAAGUGACAAUGUAUUGGAUAAAGAUGGGAAUUGAAGCCAUCCAUAAAUAAACAAUUGGUCAAGCAUCAAAUUUUUAAUGGAAGCGACAAAGGAUGUACCGGAUAACAGCUUCCAAUUUCUACUCAGCUGCUAUCAACACAGUUACGAACAAAGGUUGAUCUGUUAGCUGAUUUGCUGUAGCAUGCAUACAAGACUUUAUCUUCACUGUUAUCCAUAACAUUAAAGCCUGUAAAGUUGGAUUUUUUUCUUUUGCUCCAGGUCACGUGCUCAUAUUUUUUUGUCAUCAGCACACAUUUUUUGCCCUAUGCUUAAAAGCAUAUGACUGUUGUCUAUAUCAUUUGAUGUACCAACUUCCUUCAACAUGCUCUAGCAUCGUUUGACAGAUUGUACCAAAACGGGCAGUCUAAAAACGAGCAUCUUCUCCAUCUUGCAGUGGUCUGAAUUUUGUAAUUUCUUGUGUGAUUGCAUCUGAUACAAAACGAGGGUCUCUAUAAAUAGCAUUUAACACUCCCAUGCAGUGUCAUAAUCAGAUCCAACUCCUCCAUUUCAUACUUAUCAUCAUCCUUUAUUAAAUUUGUAAGCUCCUCAUGCUUACGUACUAAAAGUUCAAACCUCCUUUUAAAUUAUCCAAUUAUUUUUGUACCUCGUUUACUGGACUUGCAUUUGCGACUACAUGAUCUAAGACUUUCAAAGCUAGAGUAGAGGCUUCUUUUGCAGGUCUCCGAUUGAUUUUUCCCCCUUUUAACUUCUCAGCUUCCGCCAUGGUUUCCUUUCAUAACUUUGUUGGUUGCAGUUCUCAAGUUCUUUGACACUUUAUCAUAAAUCAAAUGCAUGGUUCUUUAUAACAGGACAGACUUUAGAUAAAUGCACCCAAUCAUAUAUAUAGAAAUCUUAUUCGAUUUGAAACAAGUAAAUGAAUAUGAAUAAGUACAAAACGUCUUAAUUCGGUGAUAAACUGAACAACCGGAAUAUAAACUGAAUGCGGAGAUACAAUAAGAUAAAACCUACUUACUUAUGGUGAUGUCUCUAAAUAUGGGUAAUUAGACUGUUUUUUGGUUUUAUACUUUUGGUUAGCAUGCAGUAUCAUUUCAAUAUUUUUAAAACUACUAACAAAACUAAUUCACAUCAUAAUAAAGCACAGUGGGAUGAUAUUGAACAACAUUUGUCAGCAAAAUAAUAAUAAUAAGUUUAUGUUUUUAAAAAUAUUUAAUCAAAGAAACACCCUCAAAGUGCCAAUACCCCCUCCCACAAGUUUAAGAUGCUUCCUGAAUGCAAUGCAAGAAUUGAACAUGAGGUUGAACAAGAUAUUGCAACACUACGCUACAUUGAAACCGUCUAGCCCUCACUAACAGACAGUUAAAAAGUGAUUGCCGAAAUUAAUUAUAUAGAAUGAUAAGCAAUUAAGCAUACUUUGGAAGAUAAGCUUACCAAUCAAUGUUUUAAGCAUGUCUUGCUCAGCAUAUUUAUGUCUCUUGAACUGUUGAGGCUUCUGCACUUUAGCUGUAUUUAGUGUUGCUGAUUGUUAGGCAGGACAUGGCAGAGGGCAGUGGGGCUCCAGCUCAUGAAAAGUGAGGGACUAGAGAAGGUCUGUGGCUGUAGCACACAAAAAGUUUUUUGGACCACCUCCUUUUUUCCUACAAGAAGCAUUUUUUCCCUUAUGAAACAAUCCUUGUUUCCCAAGAAAUGUAAUUUAAUUAACGAUUUGCAAUGAACAUUAUUUCCUAAAACUUAAUUUCAGAGUUUUGAAAUUAGAUAUUUUACGCAUUUAAAAAUCACGAUAAAACACUGAAUAAAGUGCUAUUCCAGAUUGGAAUCUUUGAAAGAUGCGCGGGGGAUCUGUUUGAUGUCCAUGAAAAUUGCGCAUUUGAAAAUAGCUCAGAUAAACAUUUUGUGCGGCUGAGACUAAUUACCAUAAAAAUACAGUAUGUAACGUUCGGUUAUAUUUCAGAUAAAAACAUUAAUGGCAUCAUUAGUGUUGAUAAAAACAUUCUAACAAAUGUAAACAUUUUUCAUAAUUCCUAAAAAUAAGAACGAGAGGCAGCAAACCAGAUGCGAAUACUUUCCGUAAACCAAAAUCUGCUCAAACUUUGAAAAAGUUGUGCAUGGUAAUGAAUUAGAUAAUCCUGUCCCAUGUGUAUUUUACUCCCAACAGCUUUAACAACGAUAAAAUAUCCUUCACAUUUUUGCUGUCAUUAGGCAUAUUUAUCGUGUUUGGAUACUGGCAUUCAAAUUUGGUGCUAGAGACAAACAUUCAAGGUAUUAUAUUCAACCAAUUUGCUUUUAAAGGGUAAAUCAAACUGUUCACAAAAAAUAUCAAAUGCGAUGGCACGAAUUUAAAGGGCCUCUCCAGCCAAAUUUUGCACUUGCAUUUUAUUAGCUAAUCUAAAGGAGUUGAACCUGCUGAUCACGAAUUCGUUCUUUGUUUUUCGAUAUUUUUUACAGUUUGUGAGAUAUAAGCUCUUGCAUUCUCUUGCAUUACGUUAAUUGAAUUGAAUUAACCGACAAAAAAUUUUUGUUUUGGUAACACUGUGACGCAAUUUUGACGUCACAGUGUAUUUCGCUAGUCUCGCCUCAAACCGAAUUGAACGACGGCGAUUCGCAAAUUGAACACUGCAAGUGAUAGUACUCUCAGUUCUGUUCCACCGGCUUUUAGUUUGAGCAUUUCAGGCAUCAGUUCUGAAGCCAUUAGUUGUUCAUCGUUUCUGGAGAACAACUGAAGUGUCAAUUUUGAUUAAUUAUACGCGAGGGAAGAGCUGGAACAAGAAGCCAUAGCUUUGUGGGCCUACACAGGUGAUCAAAACAAAAUCUUGACACAGCAUAGACACAUUCCGACCCGCAAACUUAGAAUGAUUGUAAACAUUUAAUAUUUUUCGAUCCUAAAAACUCCUGCUCUAGAUUUAGAUGCAGUUAUCAAUGCAUGACCAUGACUCCUUCGCGAUUCGGUGGAAGAUAUACGAAAUUCAUUACGGAUGAGAGCCGCACACUGUGACGCCAGAAUGUCACAAAACUGAUUCGGCUUUUGUCGUUUUUUUCUCGGAAAGGUGCAACUUUAAAGCCUUAUAACUUCUAAACUAAUUGGAAUUUUGCAAAAACAACGACUUUGCCAUUAUACACGCACCAGAUGCUAACUUUUUAGUCAAUAAAAAGAAUUUUUUUUUUCGGCUGGAGAGGCCCCUUAAGCAAUGUGCUCCACAUAGUAAGGUACUUUCAGCAAUGUGCCCCUUGUAAGAAACUUAAUCCCCCAAUACUGCCUAUUGUUAGAUAUUUCUUCCUUUCAUAUUCACAAAUAACAAUGGAAAAUAUGUUAACUUUGGAAAGACAAUAUAUAAAAUAGGUUUUUCCCGAAAUACAAGGCACUUUUUUAAGGGUUUUUUUCAUUACUGUCCCACAGUUUUCAUUUUUCAAUGUAACAUGAAAUGGGAAAGGUUCUAAUAACUUUUGUAGUGCAGCAAACAUAAUCAAUUUUCUUAACAGCAAAUAGGAAACCAAAUAAGAUGGUAAAGAGAAAUAAAUGCAACACAGUGUAGCAAUAAAACAUGAACAUCUGAACAUCAACAGAAUACAUACUUUGACCCAGAACAAAACAAGAUUAUGCAAUUUUGAAAAAUUAAGGUAUUAUUAGGAUAAAAUAAUAGAACUAUUAUUUAACAUUGGUAUAAUUCAGUAAAAUCUGAUUUUAAAAUUUUCAGGAAUAAAUUACUUCAAAGAUGAAAAUAAAAAAAGACUCUAGAAUUGAAAACUUUCAACCUGGGCUAGUCAAAACAAUUUAUGCCCCCAUGUGCUGUGCUUGCCUUUGCAUUUUUCUCAUAAUGUACAAAGAAUGAGUAUAUUAUAUUUUGAAGUUACGCUAGAUAUAGCUCUUUUGAAUCAAUAUAACUGCUAAAAGAAAAAAGUUCGUUACAACAACCAUUUGUUUCAAACUGGCUUAACUCUGUAGCUUUAUUUAUAAAUACUCUUUUUACCAAAGGCUCAUAUCUUGCUACUCCAGAAGCAAUCCAAAUCAUAAAAAAGGGAAAUACAAACAUAAUUUGAUACAUUUUCCAUCCCACUGGCAAAUAUUUGCAGUUCUAUUCCACUUGAUAGAAUCUAGAACUUUUUAAUAUAGCUCAAUAUUCAGUUUCAUAAUAUAAUAAAUUUUUUAAGAGCAGUGAGUAAGUAGCAUAAUAGUUUUAGUAAGACAGACAUUCUAGAUACUAAUUAAAAAUAUGUAAUUAUCAAUUUACAUUGAUACAAAAGUUUACAAAAUUUUUAAAGCAAAAAAGGAAGUUUCAAUUCUGAAUUUGUUAUUGUUUUGAUAACUAAACAUGCAUCCUCUAUGUACUUUAUUUUGGCCUUUGCACUUGAAUAAAUCGGAACAUAAUGGCGUUUGAUACCAUGUUUUGCACUUCCUUUGAUGUAAAUAUCUGCCAUCUUUAAAAGAGCUUUCUCACAUUGAAUUGCAUAUGGAAAACACCAGUCUACCUAUGCACGCUUAGAAAGUACGCGGGUUGCCAACCCCUGCUCUACAGCGUCUGCUUCAUGUUGGCACCCCCAGGUAGUUGCAGCAGUUGUAAACUUGCAAUGAGAAGGAUAGUAAAUUUUUUUAUUAAACUUAUGAAAGGCUUACUGGGAUUUGUUCUACAGCAAGCUUUAAUGGUUGAUUAAGAUAUUCUACCAGCUUUGAAGUGGAACCAUUCUUCACAUUUUGCCUGAUCUCUUGUUGCUUCCUCUACAUAUUUGACUUGCUCUUCAGUAAUGGUCAAAUCAAGUGUCCCACAAUAAUGAACUAAAUCAUCAUAUGAUGAUAAAUUAGUUGCCUCUACACUAUAAAACUGUGUUAGCACUUUUGGAAAAUGGUCCAGAGAGCUAAUAGGCAUGUCAUGGUGUGAAAACGAACUUACAAUUGAAAGGCUGCUGGCUUUGGGUUGUUCUCACUGAUUAUAGCGAAAAAUUUGGAAACUUCUUUUUCUGUUGGAUGAGGAAUGGGAUUUGCUGGCUUUUUAGGGCGUUUUGUUUCAUUUGCAAAUUUUUUUAAUGAAAGAUCUUGAACUCAUCCACAGACAAAUUGAUAAUAUGCUUCUAAACUUUUAUAGUUCUUUAGCUCUUCGUUAGUAUAUGCACUUUUUGUUAAUAAUAGGUUAGCCACGAUGUCUGGAUAUGACACGCCCGGAUAGUCCUCAACAGCUCUGCUCCAUGUUUUUUUUGAGUUCGUGUAGGGAUCAGUGUUGUCUACCAGCUUUAUCUUCUCUAAAUAUCUAUUCUUUGCAUCAGUACUCAACAAUUCCAAAUAAUUUCUCAGACCAGCAAUAAUACCUCGCUUAAUUGAAGUUUAGGCUGUUUGUGAUGGUGUAUGAAUGUAGCGGCAAAUAUCAAGUUUGGUGUAGUGUCAAAGCAAGGUACUUACAAGAACUUUCAAAAAAGCUUUUCCCAAGAUAAAAGUGCACAAGAUAACUUGAAUCUUUCUUCGAUUUCGAGAACUACAGCAUGUUUCACAGUGAACAGAAACGAUAACAAUUGACUAAACAGACGUUCUGCUAAGAAUCAGUUGUGAUCCAUCAUGGCGGAGAUGGAUUUGUCACAUGACUAAUGGGAUUAAUCUAUAGGAGGACAUGAGCAUGUGUAAGCAUUGUUUUAUACUGAGCCAAAUUGUACAGAUGUUUCUAUCUUAGUGUGGAAGAAGAAAGAAGUAUUAGAAUGCAAAUUUCAAGCAAAACCGAUUGUUGCAACAAGACCCAAUCAACAUUUUUGCAAAACCUUGAAAAGAGGGUUUCUUCAAUCAACAGUGGUAGCAUUAGGAGACUACCCCCAUUUUCUCAUAGGAUUGAUUUUGCGAUUCAAAAGCAAUUUAAGUAAUCUUGUGUAAUUGAUCAUCUUCUUGCUAUGAACUUGCUCUUAUAUACAACAAUUCAUGCGACAGGGUCCAUGCUCCCAAAAAGUAAUUUGGACGCGAAGAUUGUUUCUCAUCAACAAUAUCAAUGAUAAUGGUGGUACAUGUCUGUUCUUUAUCUCCACAGGAAAUAAUUUCGAUUAAGGUCAAUUAAUUGGAAAAUUAAACGAGCACUUACCCAAGGAAGUCUGAAUUUCGAUUGGAAUUCUGCUUCAUCUUCAAUGGAGGAGCAUGAAAAUACAUGCGGUGCAUGUAGAGAAAUAACAAAAUAAUUAUGGUCAUGUCCAAUUGUGUCACCAGUAAUUACACGAGACUUUCAAGACAGGAAAAGCUACUCUGUCAUGUUGCAUAACAUAUCUUUAUAACAUAUAUGUUUAGAGACCUAAACACAAUCUGUGCUUACAUACUAACACAAUAUACAAUAUGUUUGUAGAUCAGAACACAAGGAGUUUUCUGAUAACCUUGUGUAUGAGCUUUCUGGGUUAGGCUGGAAUUCACAGUUGGAGUAGCCUGAACUUCACAUGUUUUGGUGAAAAAGCAAUGUUGGUACAAAAAAUCAAAUUUAUAACAAAAAUUCCAAAAACAAUAGAAUACCUGAUGUGUGACAUCACGAACUUUGUGUAAAAGUACUGACACAAAUUGUAACCAUCCAGCUCCCAGCACAUGUCUGAUAUUUUAGAUUAAGUAUCUUAAAACAUUUCUUUUCACAACUAUAGAUAUACUUGUUUCAAAUGUUGUAAAAAAUUGGUGUAAUCAGUAUUGAAAAUCUGUGCAUCGCAAAAUUGAUAGAGUGAAGCAUGAUCAGGGUAUCAAGGAUUUUUUCAGACUAAAUUGAUGUAAUUUAUCUCUCUAUCAUUGUGUAGAGCAUGAAAAAGUGCAUGUCAGCCAAUUGUCAUAUAUAUGCCACUUAUGAUCAGCCUAAACAUGUGUCACACAAUUGAACAUAAGCGUAAAAAUAACAUUGGAGAAAAAGGCAAUCAAAAAGUCGGUCAUAUCAAUUUUUGAGAAAUAUACUGACGGCUGCAUUAAAAACUUCCAGAGGCAUAAGUAAGUCCUUCAGUUUACUGCAUUCUGUCAUCUGCAGCUUUUGCAUGGGUCCUUCUAGUUUUUCUGACCUUUUUGUGCUUUUCUGUUGCACUGGCAUUUGUCAAAGCAGAAUGAUAAAGUCCUGCCCAAACUUCUUUUUCCAUCCCCUCCAAAUCAUUCUUGUGACAGCGGGUAGCAAGGCCAUAGUAGGUUUGCAGUCUGUCAAUUCUAUCAGCUGUUAGCCUACCAUAGCCCCCUAUUGAUUUACCAUCACUCAAUUUCUGUCCAGCAUACUUUGUUUUCAGUUUACGAAGUGCAGUUCCAAGGUGUUUUUGCACAUGUCCGACACAGUCAUGCUUUUUGAUUAAUUUUUCACCAAAUGGCUUUAGGCUGGAUACAUUGUUGUAUGCUUUGGAGUCACAAUGUUUUUGCUAAGAUGGCAGUAACCGCCCCUUGCAGAGAAGAAAAACCUCUUUUUGCCAGGUACCAUCAAGCAUCACAUCACACUCUGUGUGGUCGGUCUCCUUGUCUUUUUCCUCUUUGGAAGCAUCUCUUAUGUUUUCUGCUACCUUAUUUUUCAGACAAUCUUGUAUGGUUUUGAAAGUUGAGCUGUAUGCGUCAUGCAACAUUGGGAAGGGAAUGUUCAAAUAAGCUUUAAAAAAGAUGUCUCCCCCAAUUUCCAUUGCACCAAGUACAGCUCUACGUUUUGUUUCAAACCCUUUGAAUUUUUGCAGUUGGGAGAGGUGUACAUCUCUACCCUCUUCAAACAUUACUGACACUCUACAACAAUCAAUGAUGCUAGUCCUAUCUUCUUUUCUGUUUCUUCCUUCACUUGAAGCUUGCCAUAUUUACAUUUCUGACAAACUGCAGUGAUAUCCAGAAGUGACUGCAGAAAUUCCAUACCUAUGGUACGAAAGCCUUCAGAUUGAAAGUCUUGGAUGUCCUAAAAAGAAAAAGAAAUUACUAAUAAUAUGUUCCUUUCGCAAUAUACGUUAUAUUUUUGUAAGUUUAUGUUCUUGAAUAUGAAUGAAUUUGAAAUAGCACUGUCCAGGUAGUAAAUGAUAAUACAACGAAAAGAGAACAGCAGAUAACACUGGGUUAUGAAAUUGUACGUUGACAUCCAGGGGCGGUUCCAGGAAAUUUUUUGACCAGUGCUCAGUUUAAGGGACCACACCCAACAAAUUGACUACGCCCAUUUUGGUGGCGAUGUUAAGUAGCGUAUUUUUUCCAAUCAGUGUCCCUCUCUAAUGCACGCCCCUCUUUUGAGCAAAAUUUCUCUAAUCAGCACCCACUCUCCAAUGAGCUCCCCCCCCAAAUAUUUUGAAAACAUAUAGUAACCAGCAAAUCUUUACAAUAGUAAUCAGUUAAAAUAUAUUGAAUAAAACCUAUGCUGUUUCAAUUUGGAAAAUCUUCUGCAACUACUGACAGAAUUACAUAAAAAUACAUUUGAAGAUAUUGACAAUUUAAAUAUUCAAGAUGCCACACCAGUAUUUAUGCAAGUCUACUAGGAUUUCGACUCAGAUGAAACUGAAAUCUUGUAAUGAUUAUGCCUAGAACAGGUGUGAUUGAUUUUUAUAAAAACAAUCAUUGUUUAAAUUCCAAAGCUUAAUUUUUUAGUGGUGGAUUUUUAUCUUUUUCUUGAUACGCCCCACUCUCUAAUGGGGCCAGAAAUAGGAUAUAACCUCGUUGCGAUAACAUCGUAACUUUUUCAAAAUACCUUUCUUAGGUUAAGAAAGUCUCGACGACAGUUUUGCUGAACUAAAAUGGUACCAAUUUGAGUAUUUUAACUCUCUGUUGAAUAAUUGCUUAAAUAAAGUCUUACGUGUCUUUCACUGUGCUUUAUGAUAUUUGAGGUACCUUUUUUCAUAACCUGUAUUGCCUUUCCCUUUUUUAAAACUAGCUUGCAUAUCACAAAGUUUUAGCUCACUAAAUUGCUCAGCGAUGCUGCCAUACUUUAUCCAGAGAGUUUCCAGAAAAUGAGCCGUUCAUUUGUACCGAUUAUUAGGAAUAUUGAAAUCACAAAAGGACAUUACAUCUUUGGCUGGCAUGUUCCCAAUACCCAAAAUAGCCCCUCCCCUGAGCAAAUUGCUAAGGCAUUGAGUAACUUUAUGAACCCUAAAAUAUUGAUAAAUAUCCCUGGCUUAUGGUGCAUUAACGAAUAUUGUAUUUUAGUAUUCAAAAAUUGCCUGUCCGUUAUAAAAUUCCUGCCCGUGUUUUUAGGGAAAUCAGAAAAAAACUGACUUCUUCCUUUAUUGGCCCUUCUAUUUACUUUUCAGGCCUACAAUAGGAGAAUUUUUCCCUAUGUAAAUCUACAAUUUUAAAAGAAAAACGGAUUUCUUGCUUUUCUGAACAGAUGCCCUCAGUUGUGCUACAAGUACUUGAUUAACGAAUGUGGCCUCGUAUAUCAUAUAAACCUCAAUAAAAAUUUUUCCCAACGGUUGAUUUUGGGCGAUUUUGAGUCUGUUAUAGAGAAAAAAAUUCUGAACUGGAUGGUGGAAAAUUCGCUUUUCUACUAUUUUUUUCCGAAUUGACCUUGAAUUGAACGCUCCACGACCUAACUAUUUCUUGUAUGUGUGCUAUUCUUCUGUCAUUACCUCUCUGUCUUUUCUUAUUCUCAUCCAAACUGGCCUAUUCACUCUGCAAAAUGAGUUGAGAACAGUUGGAUGACCUCUUGGAUGAAGAAUGCAAUGUCCUCAAUUUUUCACCUGGGAUUGAUUCUUUCCAGCGUUUUUCUAUAAUAUUUGCCAACUUCUAAGAUGUUGGUCAUCCACUUCAUCAUAUUUUUGAUCAUGUUCCUCGUUCAAAUCAUCAAGAAACUCACCUCUAUGUUUGUUUGCAACCUUCCCUGCAUCCUUGUUGUUUGGUGCUUGUUGGUUCUCCUUUUCACAUUUUUGUGACAAAUGCAAAGGAAAUUUUUACGAUGUCUCUUGCUGUGAAAGCAUUUACUUUUAUCAUCAGAGAAAAGGAAGACAGGCUACUGCUGGAAUUUGUGUCAUUCUACAACUGACCUCUACGGGCAUGCACCGCCUAUCUCAUGUAAUUACUGGUGGUCUAAUUGGAGAUGACGUAGAAUUAAUGUCAUACUGCUUGUUGGUGAACUUUCUUUAACAAUGGCUCUUCUUAUUUGGUUGUCUCUGCUCCUUAUCAAUUCCUCUACCUUUCCGAUACACCAAAACCCACAUAGUGUCUUGUCUUCAUGUACUGUCACAACAUCUCCGACAACAAUAUUAGCCUCUCCAAUAUACGAUGCAAUAAACUAUUUUCUCCUCUGUAAUUGCCUACCAAGAUUCUCUUUUGUAACAUCUUUCAUUUUUCUAUCUAAUUAUAAUCUCUCUAAUUAUAAUCUCGCAAAGUCUCUAAUUAUAAUUGAAAAUGUUGUCCGCUAUUUUUUGCCGGUAUUUUUUGUUGCUGUUUGUCUGCAUAAUUAUUUGCGCCAAGCAGAAAAUGCUGUCUAUUGUCCGAAUGGUUUUGUCAACUCUGAAGAUAGCAAUGGCUAAAUUCUACCGGGAGAAUGGCGAAGAUUGGUUGCAUCUGAAGGAAUGUGUUUGCAAAACAUUCAAAGAGUUUAAGGUCCCUCCAUACUUCAAGUGCAAUAGCCAUUAGCAAGAUAAAAUAAGGAACUAAGAUAGUCUAACUAAAACCCCUGGAUUUACCUCCCUUUUCGCAUCCCGAUUCUCAAUGGAACGGGCUCUGUUGUCUGAAACAAGGCCACGUUUGACAAGAGCGAGCCUUGCCAAGGCGAAUGAGCCGUUGCUCUUACGUUUCUAUCAUGUUUUAGUACGGUUUCUAGCAACUUUUCCUUCAUCAACUUUUGUGUUUGUAUGCCCUUUGCCGAGGAGACAUUUUUAAAAAUUUUCGAACUAUUGUUCAAGCGCUCAAACAAUGAGUUCUAUUGACAUGCAUAGCUGAGAACAAUAAACUUGAGGCUAAAAAUAGAUCAUGAAUAGAUCAAAAUGGUCACUUUGCCUUGGGAAAGGGCAUACAAAAUCAUGCAAAGCACGAAAAUUGGCAAAGGAAAAGUUACUAAAAACCGUCCUAAAACAUGAUAGAAAUGUAAGAGCAACGGCUCAUUCGCCUUGCCUAGGCUUGCUCAUGUCAAAGGUGGUCUUGUUUCGGACAACAGAGUCGGUUCCAGCGAAAAUCGGGAUGCGAAAAGGGAGGUAAAUUGAUGGGUUUUAGUUAGACUAUCUUAGUUCCUUAUUUUAUCUUGCCAUUAGGAAUGCUUUGAAGCAAUACUUAUACAGCAAAACUGGCCCUGUACCAUGUCAAUUAGCUUACAUUCAAAGAGUUGAUGACGAAUAAACUCACACAGCAUCUUCUAAUAAUUGAUUUUUCAACAAUUUAUAAUCAGGAAAAUUUGAUAAUUGAGCAAAUAAUUUUUUUAAAAAGUAAUCUCUAUUGAGUAAAAACAUGUUCUAAUUUGGCUCUAUAGCAACACUCUGACUUCUCUCACUUGUAUUUCCAAGUGCUGAUACAACAGGCUGAUCGGGUGAAGGUGCAUUCCAUGCUGGUUGGUGCAUUCCAUGCUGGUUCGUGCAUGCAUGAACGAUUGCUGUUGCUGCUCCUGCAUUUGUAUAUCAAAUAUAAUAUUUUGUAUUUGAUGUCACGCAACAUACUGAUUUCGGGGGUUGAAUUUAUUGAUUUCUAGUACACCAUCAUUGCAAAAUGGUAGUUUGAUUCCAAGUACAAAUUGGAAUCAAUUGAUGACUUAUGACCCAGCGUUAAUAUGAACACAUCUGUGUCUGGACUUCAAACAACAACAUUGCUGUGGUUCACCCAGAGGUGUUUGGCAUGAAGCAGAAGCCGGGUAUCAGCCUCUUCUUGGUCAGUAUACAGCUCUUCUACUUCAGCUACAUCGACGGUAUCAUUUUCAUCUUUGUGAAAACAGUGACAUUGUUUGCUUAUGUAACAAACAGCUCUAAUCUGCCAAUCAAAUCCUUCAGUAAAUUUAGUUGCUUACAGUGCCUAAACAGAACAGCAGAUAUCAGUGGCAGAUCCAGCACGAGUUUGAAGGUAGUAACGAAUAGAGGGGGGGGGGGGAGUUGUGCCAAAAAGGAAUGAGAGGAGUGAGAAAAUUUCUUUACAACAUUUAACGAAAUAUGCUUGUUUUACAAUGCCUGCCUUAUGCUUUCAAAGUUAAAAGAUGAAAUUUUCUAUCUUGCUUUUCUGUUGAAAUACCAGCUAUCCUAGACAAAAAUGGGGGUUUCUAAUUUGUAACAGCAAUAGUUUAAAGUUAUGAAAAACCUUACCUGAAAGUAAAUUUAAUGAGAGAAUCCUUGUUCUUUACCAGAGAGAGAAACUUUUUAAACUGGCACGGAAUAUUGUGGCUGGCAUUCAAUAUCUUCGUCUGGGUUGUCCCUGCUCCUGUCAAUUUGUCUCUUCACGGGUCUUAAUGCUUACAUCAGGAUAAGUACCGUUUACUCGAUCAACUGUAGUUUAGGUUUGCAACAUGUGGCUCAACACAAGUCUUAAAAAAUUUUUUCGGUAUUUUUUAAUGAAGUUUAUUGCGAGGUAAAAAUCUUAAUCAUUGACUUUAUCCUGCCGAAACCUUUUAUGCUCUGGGAGGACAAUCGAGUUUCUUUGCUUUGGCUUUACUGCCAUUUCUAUGGUGCUUUUCUUCGCCUGCAGCCAUUUUAACUUGCGGUAUGGUAGGGUGGCAGUAUCAAGUUGGUUUUCAUUGUCAUGGUUGGUUGUCAAAGAAUUUUAAUCAUCAGUUUCCUUGCUGCUACUACUUGUGUUUAUCAAGUUUUCCUUCUUGGCUUCGGCUCUUCUUAUUUUCUCUUCAUCACACAAAUGCUUGUAGCAAGUAUUGUGAUACUACCACUCAAAGUUAUCUGAAUUGAUCUGUGUGAAGAAUUCUUGUGUGAAGAAUUUGUGGAAGAAUUCUGCCGCGAUUGUACUUUCUUCUGGAGAACAGGCUCUCUUUGAUCGCGACGAUUCGGCCAGGUCUUCCAAUUUGCUGAGGGUUGUUUUAGGAAGUGCUCCACACAGACAUCGCGGCAGAAUUGCUUCCAGUCCACCACUGUGUGCUCACUUUUAAUGUCUAGUUCUUUUAGGACCUGCUUUUGCCACAGGCCACACGUUCAUCCACAUUCUAGGCUCCAGAAAUAUGUAAGAGCUAUUAUUUGCCAAAACUGGAGCUUCGAGCCUUCGAAAAAACUGCCCUUCUGCACUUUAAAUCUUCUCCGACAUUCUGGGCACCGCUUUGUCACUCUAUCUAGGGAUCUAUUGACGGCACCCUCGGUACAUUCUAUGUGACAGUUCUCGCACAACAUCCUUUGCGCAAGCAGCCCAUUCAGGCGACACCAGGAAAGUGUGUCAGACAAAUUCACAUCAGACUUUACUCCAAAAUGAAAUAUUGUCCUUAGUUUAAGAAAUAUUGUCCUGAAAAGAUGGUAAGAAAGUGUCUAUUAAAUACAUUCAAAUAAAGGGAAAAAACAAUUUCCUAAACUAAUUAAAUGCAUUGUACAAUUAUAAACGGUCUAUUUAAUUUAUUAAAAACGUUGCAAUUUUAUUCUUUAAAAAGUCUUUCAACAAUGUUACAAAUUUUCUGUAUAUACUACAGUUUCUUAUGUUUUCUGGGAAAGAAUUUAAGAGUCUUGUUGAGUUAUCCUGGGAGGUUCCGGUUUCUUUUGGUGUAAAAAGUGUUUUAGCUCUACUUGAUCGAAGCUCUUUGGGGAAUUUUUUCUCUCGUCUAGAGGCAAGUAUGUUGGCUAGGACUUAUCAUUAAUCGCUUUAAAUGCAGAUUUGGGACAAGACUACAGCAGUAAAGGGAGACUUCAUCUUCUUCUUGUUCAAGGGUAUUCUUUAUCAGCUUGUCACAUUAACUUAAUGAAUUGAAUAGCAAUGCAUCUGCUUGCUCUAGCUUUCUUUUCUUUCUUGCUGGUGUAGAGCACACAGAGCUGGCUAUAAAAUUGACCUCCACUCCCUGAAUAAGCUGCAGCAACAAUGCUCUCUGUAACUUGGUUGGCUGUCUUCUCUGCCAUGAACAGCAUCUGAUCGAAAAAUUUACACUUUGCAAGAGAGGAUGGGGCUGCUUCUCACCUGCUCAUUUUGUUCCUAUAUCCAGGCAUUUCUUUAAUGUGUCUUUUAGAUUUUUAUAAUGUUUUGCAGAAAUUCAACUAAGAUCAAAAUUAGAAACAUUAUUGCUUUUAAACAGCUUGCCUACAAAAUCCACACAAAAUCGGAUAGGGCAAAAUUUCAUGCUAAAAAAGUUCUCAUUCAUUUAUAUACUGCCUUGUCAAAUGCUAAACAGUAAAAAAGGUCGAUCAAGAAUAUUUGGGAAAAAAAGUAAAGCGAUGGAAAAAGAAGGACUCUUCCGUGAAAAUAUUCUUUCGCCAAAAAUCAAAGGCUGAAGCAGUGGAUGUGCCACCUGAGGAUAGAGAUGAAGUGAACGAUGAAGACGUCAAUAGUGUUGAUUGGUCUGAUGUUAAGGUUGUGGAUAACAACAGCAGAGGCAACUCUCUCUUGUUUGUAUAUCAAACAGAAUGGCUUCUCCGAAGAUAUGGAAAUGAAUUGGCUUUAUUAGAUGCUACAUACCGCACGACACAAUGCACGCUUCCACUGUUUUUCUUGGUGGUCAAGAUGAACGUUGAUUAUCAGGUUGCUGUUGCAUUUGUCUGCAAAGGAGAGUCGACAGAAAACAUUGCUGAGGCAAUGUGUACAAUACGAGAAUGGAAUCCCCACUUCAUGCCACAUUAUUUCAUGACAGAUUAUCCAAAUGAAGAGAUAAAAGCAACUGAGCAGGUUUUUCCAUGUACAAUAAGUAAUCUAAUAGUCUUAGCUAUUUUUAAUAGUACUUUAUUUUGAAAUGUUGAAGAUACAGUGUUUUAGAUAUAAAAUCAUGCAUGUUAGGUGACAGUUCUUUUUUGGUGUCAAGCAGAAAAUUAUAUUUCCUUUUUGUGAAUUUCUUAUCAUGCUUUGUCAUGAUAUUUUUGGCUUGCAAAAAAGUAUUAUUUUCAGUUUAUAUAAAAAAUCCCAAUUCCUCAAAAAGCUAAUUCUUCUAAAUUAAUUUCUCAAAGGUUAUUAAUUUUUUUGUUUGGGUCACAUUUAUUUGUGGUAUCCACCAGGAACAAGCUUGGGAUCGAUGGUUAAGGAAAACAAGAAACGGUUGUGUGAAGGUAAGCAAAGAGGUGCUGCAGAUGCACAUUGGGCUGAAAUAGGAGGUCAAGGGGACAUUUGGGUUUUGGGCAUAUCUGACCAAAAUUUUCUGACAAAUAGCUGUCAAAAAAGGUGGGAAAUGGUAAUUUGAGCAUUUGGAAAGCCCUUGGGUAAAAAUCAUUGUCAUUUUAUCACUUUAAGGCCAUUCACAACUAACCAUAAAAGGUUCAUAAAGAUUCCAAAAUUUAGUAUUUUCGUCCAGGCUACCCACUUAUUCUUUAGGUUUCUAGUUCCAGGGUUGCCAAUCGUAGGGAUUUCUACCUACAGUAGGGAUUUUUUGCCUUUUGUAGGUUGUAGGGAUAAACCUACGAGAUAAAAUGCAAAAUGUAGGUAUAAAUCGCUCAAGUUGUAGGUAUAAUCAAGAUUAAAGAAUUUUUUUAAGGUAAAUUUUUGCCUUCAGUGCAAGACAAAUGGUGUGACCCUUUAGUUUACAAUGGCUGCAUUGAAAUCGCUCUCGAACUUUCAUGACCAUUGGAUCACUCUUGUCCCAGAGUCUAUUGAUGCAAUCAGAUAGAUUAUCAAACUGACUUGUCUUUCCACUCUUGUUUAUUCUAUUGUUUAACCUGUUUUUCCAUUUCAGAGAUGGAUUCAGGCUUAUGGCCAAAACAGGCUUCUCGUUAAUUUUAACACAAACAAUGGCACAGAACGUCAAAAUGAGUCACUGAAGUACCAGUACCUGCAGAGGCACUUUAAAACUUUGCUCACUGUAAUGCUUACAGUACUCACUGAGUGAUUCUUCACAGAUAAAUUUAAGAAGUAUUGCGAUGCUAAUAUAAAGAUGGAUUCAUCAUAUCGAUGCUAUUCCGACAACACUCCGAAAUAUUUGAUGAAUUGACCAAGCAGCUUCAUAAACAGUUACUUAAAAAAAACGGGACCAUGCAAGUGACAUUCCAGCAUCCUAUAUUUCAAUGCAAAGCAUGGGUAAGUUUGCAGUCACAAGCAUAUCAAGAAACACACUACUGGAACAGUGCCAAUAAAGUUUUUAAAAAGAUACAGCGAUGCCAAAUUGUACUUGUUAUGAUUGGAGACAUUCUGUAUACCUCUGCAAGAAUUUUUUGUAGUAUUUCCAAAUUGGUCAUGCAAAGCAUUAUAGCCUGUAUAUCGCAAUUCGCCAUUCAUGACAUUUGACAAAGAAAUUCAGCAACACAGGUCCCGUGAAAUUUUGCAAAAUUUUGAAGACCCUGAGCAGCCUGAUUUCCAAAAUGACCAAGACGUUCUUCCUUAUGAAUUAGGUAAUGAUUCAUCUUCCAGUCAACAAUCUCCGAAAUUGUGGGAAAAUGUUAUGGGCCACUUUGUCGCGAGACUCUAGAUGAAAUAAGGAGGCUUACUUUCCUUGUGCAGGAAAGAAGAGACUCAUGAAACUCUGACCACUUUAAAAAGAAAACUUUACGCUGUUUGUUUGACAGAGAAGAGUUUGCAGUUGCUACCCACAAAUAACUGUAGAGAUGAAAAAAGAAAAAAUUAAGGCUUUCACUCCAAAGUUAACAAAUGAGUAAACAUAAGAGCCAACAGUUAGAUCAAAUGGUAUAGAAGAGAGAUCAGACGGAAGAAACAAAGAAUUUUAAAAUAUAUGAUAGAGAAAUUAUUGCUAUUACUGAGGAAGGGGUAGUUGAUGUUAUCGACAUGGAUUGGGUAACAACGUUCGUUUCAACAGUCAAAAAUUGUGCUGCAACAGUAGAGGACGCUUCUGAAAGAUCAUCUGCUCAAACCGAUGACAGUGUUAAAACUACACUGAGUCAUAAUGAGAAGUCUUUUAUGGGUGAUCCUCUACGUUGCAAUCUCACACCAAAGGAUCUAUCUGCCUUUCUGAAAACAGAAUGCGAAACGACAAUGUCAUUAAUGUUUUUCAAAAAAUGCUUGGUAGAGAUAUCCAAAAUGUAUUCGGAUUGCAAGACAAAGUUUUGGAGCAAAUCUUUAAAUUCAAAUCCAUGCCAAAUACACCUUUUGUCCAAAUCAUUCAUGAUGACAGAUUUCAUUGGUUGGCAUUAAGCACAUAUGGUUGUCAGGAGGGAGAAGUAUUUUUAUUGGACAGCCUUUUGUCGGGUAUUAUAACACAAAAGGUCAAGCAUCAAAUCUGUCAAAUAAUGAAAUGCCCAUCUGAUACCAUCGAAGUAAAAAUUGCUUCUGUUCAGCAACAAAGUAAAGGAAUUGAUUGCGGUGUUUUUUCAACAUAGUAUUCGUCCAAAGCAUCCUCCUUGGAGAUGACUUUCCCUCGUCAGAUAUGACCAACUCAGACUGUGCUCACAUCUGUUACAAUUCUUGCUACGAAACAAGUUGUCACCAUUUGCAUCAGCACUGGCUACAGUAAAACGAUGCAAAGCAAGAACCAUUGAGAUUCAAGUACAGUGUAAUUGCCGCCAUCUAUGGCUAAAAUCAGAUGACAGGAUUUUUUCAAGAUAAUAAUUUGAUAGCAAACUCUUCAUGCUAAGAGUAUGAUGCUAAUUUACAGUGGAGGCUGAAAUACACGGUACUUUUACAGUGAAUAUUCAAACAUGGCCGCAAAUGAAGGUUUUCUCAUGCACUUUGUUGGCAAAUGAGGCCUGGACACCUCCCUAGAAUGAAAAGCUAGCAAUUGUGCUGCUUAUACCCUGUCAAUUUAAGAACAAAUAAAGAACAAUCCAGAAUAAGAUUUUAUAAAAAAUUAAGAACAGUCCACCUGAACGUAAAUUAACUGGUUCUUAUAAAAAAGUGUGUAGUCUAUACAACCAUGUAUCAAGCUUGCGGCCCUGUUUUGAUGCUUGUACUUAAGCUGAUUUCACACUGAACGCGUCAUGGCGCGCCGCGUCAUGACGCUGACCAAAUAUGGUUUGCAUUAAUUGCUGCUAUGCGCACGCAUCACGUUUUUUCAGCCAUGCGUCACAAAGCGUCAAAGUUAAAUAAAUUUAAAUAAAUACAUUUAACUUUGACGCUCGGUGACGCUCCAGAACAAUAGUAAAGUCAAGAAAGAUGGCAGCUAAAAACAUAAACAAAGAACUUCUGAUUGAAGCUGUUCGGAAAUUACCGUGCUUGUACGAUACUAGCAAAAAAGAGUACAAGGAUGAGAUUGUCUGAGAGAAUGCCUGGAAGACUGUGUGCCAAUAAAUUUUUAAAGAACGGUAUGAAAGUGCAAAAGAACUCGGCGAAGGUUUGUAUUUUCUUGAUGUUUUUUUAUUCAACAGAAUUUUGAUUACUUGAAAACCUGUUUUUUUAAACAAGUUCGUCGAUUUUGAAAGUCAAUGCUCAUCUUUAAGCAAUAUUAUAUCUCAAACGAAGGAAAAUAUUUUUAAUUUUGAGCGGCAAUUUUAAAAAAAGUUUUGCUUCAAUCAAGUGAUAGGAUAGUUCUUAUAAAAUAUAUCUAGUUGAAAGUAUCCAUCAUUGACACACUGUUUUUUCUUAGAUAUGAACCUUGCUCGGAAAACAUUUAAAAGCUUAAGGGACAGAUUUAUGAAAGUGAGAAAGGAAUACAAGCCAUCUGGGAGCGCUGGUGGGGAACCAAUAGAACCAACAUGACCAUUCUUCAAGCAGUUCCUGUUCCUUGUCCCCUUUAUGAAACAUAGAGAAACAAGGAGAAAUUUUGUUCUUCAAGAGCGGGAAGGCCAUCAAGAAUCAUCAAAAACCAAAAGCACCAUUGAUACCAAAUGUCUGAUUGGGGAAGCAAGAAAAGGUAACGAGCCAGCAUUCCAAACUUCGGAUAGUACCGUUACCCAAGAUUGCACAGAGGAUUCUUUUGUAGAAUUACCAGCCUCUCCGCUUUCCUACGAGAGUGCUGUGCCUAAAAAUGAUAGAGCUGCAGCUGGAUCUCCUGUGGCUCAGUUGGACUUUCUACGAGAAAGUACCCGACCAAAAAACCCCAAACGCCCCAGACAAGAAAAGACCCCUGACAACAGCCAGUUUUUGAUGAAGGUGAUUGAAAACACCAAUCAGUUCAUUUCAUCGGCUAGCAAAAGAGAGGAGCCAGAGGAAGACGAUCUUUACGGUCAAAGUAUAGGAAAAGAACUAAAAAGAUUGGCGACCUAUCAAAAAAGUUUGGCGAAAUUGAAGAUUCAACAAGUUUUGCAUGAAGUACAGUGGAGCACUCAAGAAUAGACUCCUGACUCAUAGUAAUCUGGCUGCUUGGUGUGGCAAUGUUAUAAUCCUGAUUUCCUUUGUAUCAAUCAUUGUUGACAAAUAAUUAAAUAUUGACUCAUGACUUCACGUUGUUCACAUCUAUUUUGAAUACAGUAUUGCGUCAAUGUGCCUUCCGAUAAGAUUAAAGAAGCAUACUUUGGUUCGCAACUCACUUAAUCAGUGACUAGACAUAUAUAUUUGUUUGUUUUCAAUUUUCUUGCAAAGAAGGGGAUUCUAAAAAAUAGGAUACGCAAAUGUUCAUUAUAAAAUCCUUGUCCUUCAAGCAUAGAAUGAACUUUAUUUAAUUAGUUUGAAGUAGAAACACGAUUUUUUUAGUUUUUAUCCUAGAGUUCUUUUAAGUUAAAAAAACAUUUUGUUUCCAAGUAGAUUUUUUUUAGCAAAAUAUGAUGCAAGAAUGAGCCAUGAAAAUCAGCUACAGCAGUCUAACUUUUACAAAGUUUCUGCCUUUCUAACUCCUUGAAAUACAUAAUUCUAGGAUGGGGGCUACAAACCAUCACUUUAUGACCAAAUAAAUGAUGCGAAACAUACUAUGCUGUUUAAUGCUAAGUAGCCAAUCCCCUUUAAAAUGCAAGAAAAAAAGAAAAUGAUGCCCAUCACGGCUAGCCAAUUGUUCUAUCUAACAAAUAGCUCUUUGGAAAAAGGGUCCCUAAUCUGAAAGAUGUCAUAGGCCCCUCAACCCCUCUCUAUAUAUGUUACACCCCUUCAUCCAAGAAAGUUGAAUUUUAAAUUAAGAAGGCCCCUCAACAUAAAACGUUGCAGAACUUCUUUCAGAAAAAUCGAUUAAUUUCUAGAAACUUGACCAUGUUAUCAAAAUAUUAAAAACAUUAGACAUAAUAUUCUGUUAAGAAACUGGAUCGUAAGAAGUUCUGCGAAUAUAAUCAUAUUGCCAUGGGAGUUCACCUUGAGGAGAAAGAAAAUAAUCUGCAAGCAAAGAUCUAUAAUAUUCUGCAGCUUUUGAAUAGUUAUUUGUCCCCAUUUUGCCAAUAUUCUGUAGAGCUCCAGAUUCUGACACUUCAUUUCGCCAAGUGCCCUUGUGAAGAAUUCCAUGUGAAUCUUCGUAGUCAGUAUAACCUACUGGGCAGUAAAAACGACCGUAAACUUGCUGCGUGUCUUCAUGUUUCUUGAGCCAGUUGUGAAGAGCAACCGAUGCCAAAACAUUUUUAAUGGCUUUUUCUGGGUGAGCCUGUAUUGGUGAUCUUAGGAAUCGCCAUCUUGCUGAAAGGAUCCCAAAAGCGUUCUCGACCACUCUCCUAGCUCGAGAGAGUCGGUAGUUGAAGAUGCAUAAUUUCUCUUCAAGGUUUCUUCCAGGGUAAGGACGCAGUAAAUUAUCUUUGAGAGGAAAAGCUCUCAAAUAAAAGAAUACAUUUGUAUCAGUGUUUGGCAAGUGACCAUGAACUGGAAUAUUCAAGCAUCCUUUAUUCAAAGAUUCACCAAAAGGAGAAUUAUUGAAGACACUAAAGUCAAAUUGACGUCCAAAGUCACCAAUGUCAACAAAUGUGAACAUAUAACUCGCAUCAACCACUGCCAUCAAUACUAUACUGAAUGUACCUUUAUAGUUAAAAAAAGCACUGCCUGAGUUUGGAGGACAGUUAAUUACGCAGUGCUUGCCAUCGAUAGCCCCCAAACACAAAGGAAAACCCCACAAAUUCCAAAAGUCUUCAGCCAGGCGUUUCCAGUUUUCAGGAGUGUUUGGUUGGGCCACAGAAAGAGGGCUCAGUGCUUCCCAAAUUUUUUCUGGCACCUCGUCAAGUAUUUGGCAUACUGUAGACCUCCCGAUGCUAUAAUUGAAUGAAAGUGAAGCUUGAGAUUCUCCAGUUGCCAGGUAUCGUGAAGCUACUGCCAUUCUUAACUGUGGAGGCAACGGCUUCUGUAAGUUUGUUGUCUUUCUGACCAAAGAUGGGCCUACAAGUCCAAGCAAAUCAUCGAAUGUUGAAGGAAGCAUUCGGAAAUAAUUGAAGUACAUUGAAUGGUCUUGUACCCUCAUUUCUUGAAUCAGGUUAUCAUAAUGCCCCUGACGUUCACGCUCCUUACAUAAUUUUCUUACCCAAACCGAACGCCGUUUCUUUCUUUCUCUUAAUAACGUUAAAGCAAUAGCUUGGUUUUGUAAUGCGAGAGCAAUAAGCACAUCUUGCUGAUAGGAAGCCAUUUUAUCUAACUAAAAACGCAUGACGCGACGCUUCGUGGCGCUUUGUGUGUGAAUAGCAUGAAAAAGUACUUGACGUGAGGCUCGAUGAUGCUCAGUGACGUGCCGCGCCGUGAUGCGUCCAGUGUGAAUUCAGCUUUAGGCACAGUUCCGUUAGAAGGGAACAGUACUUCUCAGCUUUACGGGCAGCGUUUUAUUAAGGUUAGUCUCGAACCCAACAGUUAAUUCGAUGACAUACAGACAGUUGGAAGCAGUUUUGAUUAGCAUGUCAGGACAGAAUGAAUCGCCAGUUAUGAUACACUGUGAUUAGAAAGCAGAAAUGUCAGCAUAUAUGAAUACAUCUCGGAUACAAUAAAAGGAUAAUGCAAUGAAGUGCAUUGCAGAGUUGUGCCUCCAAGUAAAACGCCCUUGCUCAAGGUAUUUGUUGCAUCCAUCUACAAUCUGAAGAAAUGAUCCAGGCUGAAGACAGAACAAGCAAACUGGUGAAGAGCUAAUUUUCCAUUAGCAGAGGUUGUUCCUUGUGGCUAGUGUGUUGUUGAGGUACCUUAUCGUAAAGUUGAAGAUGUUUUUUGAAAGUUUACUCUGAGCUGCAGACCAAAGCGAAGCAAACUUUGUAUAGGAAUGCUCAAGCAGGAAUGAAAUAAUGAAGCCUUGAGAUGGUAACUAGGUUUUGAGCUUUUAAGUGUGUUCGUCCCUUGUAAAUUUCACUGCCUUGGUGUUCUUGUAUUCGUCAAUCUGUAUAUUUUCAAAAAAAUUUUCGGCUUGUUAAUACUUUCCCUAAACAGAACUCUUGUGUGAGAAGCUUUGCUUUUUCUCAUCAGUCUCGUUACAGCGUUUCUAAGGCAGCAAUACACAGACCAAUCAACCUCUUUACCUGUCUUUCGCACUUUUUUCAAAUGAUAUUCUCGUUCCUUUAUUUUCAACUUGAUAUCAUGAGAAAGCCAUGGACAUUCUCGGCUCCAGAUUUUUCUUUUCACAAUAGGUACAUGUUUGUCAACUGUACUUUUGCGGAAUGGUUUGAAUUUAUUCCAGGCGGUACUUAUAUCUCUUUCAGCAUAAACCUGUUCUAAUGGGGUACUCUUGAGAUCUUCCUUGAAGUUAGCUUCAUUUUAUUUUGUAUAAUUAUGUGUGAAAAUCUUUCUCCGUUUGAAUUUUUGACAAUUCUCUCUCACGAUCACUCCCGUUAGGUCAUGAUCACUUGUUUUCUCAUUCAUGGCAAUAGUGUUUUCCAAUUCCUGACCCUAUUUCGAACAAAUGGCUUCCAAGGCUUCUCAUUACGAAUCCAACAGAGGGUGACAGCAGAAUCCACCCAGUAAUAUGUAUCAAUAUCAUUCACAUCUAAUUCUUAAUGAGAACCCAUUUAUUGACUCGACGAAGGAAGCCAUCAAAUGCACUCCAAGAAAUUCUAAUUUGGGAAUUGUUUUUCCUGAAACUGGACAAACCUUAGCCUUUGCUAAAAUUAACUUAACGCCAAUUUUCCCAGAUUCCUACAGUGUGUGAAAGUAAACAAAUCUUGCAUAUUCCUGUUUGCUGGCAUCCAAAAAAGCGUGUAUUUGAUAACUAUGCGUUUUCUUGUUCUUAAGACGUAUAAAUUUCUGAACUGCUACCUCUUGUAACAUACAUAGAUCUUUCAUUAACUUAGCAUAGAGUGUUUCUCUGUGCCUUCUAAUUCUUUAUCCCAAGGGAUCUUUGCGACACACAAAUCCUGAAACAAGAUUUUCAGGUUGAGAGUGAACAGAACCAUAUAGCCUAUGGAGUCAAAUACUUUUGCAGCUACUUUUAACAAAGGCCUUUUCGUAGGGGGUAGCUCAGCUGCUAGAUCUGUUAUUUGCUGCACAUCAUAAUAAAAUUGAUCUGACCUUAAAAUCCCAGUUGACCCCUAAUACCUUAGAAGUACUGCUGCCUAUAGGUAAGCUAUUUACAAAUUUUGCACACGUUUGGUCGUCAUGUAAAAUAUUUGAGUUCUCUUUAUCUACCUUAGCCGAUUCCUUCGAUUCUAAUUCAUGUAUUUUAGCACGCACUGCUGAUUAAUUACACUGCCAUUUACAUAGGUUGAAACCCCCUCUUGAUUUGAUUUAAAGUAUCCUCGUCUUCCAACAGAUUUAUAGUGCCUCCGCCUAGGAUUCUGCCCCACAACACUUAUCAUCAACAUAUAACUGGCCCAGAAUCUUGCAAAUUUUACGCUCACUUUCCUAAAACUGUGCUAUGCGCUUUCUUAUUGUAGCUCCUAAAAUAGCUGGACUGGGUUUAAAUCCGAAGGGUAGACGUGCCCACCUAAGCUGAGCUAUGUCUGGAUUUUUCUUGUCAACAUUGUCGAUCCAUAGAAAUCUUAAAAAAUCAUGGUCUUGCUUAUCUAUUCCAAUUUGUAAAAAUGCUUUCUCGAUAUCAGCAGUCAUUACAAUAGGAUGAGUACAAAAACGAGGUACUUAAUCAAAAAUCAAUAGCAUCAAUUUAUCUCCCCGCUGUAAUCAAUCAUUUGAAGGGAGUCUGUCCCCUAUUGUGCUCAACUUUUUUUUCUCAGGAGUGAAAUUCACGCAUUGUUUAGCUUGAUUGAUAAUUGAACGACUCAAACCAAUCAGAGACAACUUUAAUUCAAGAGCUUUUGAAUCAAAGCUGUGGCUAGAAAAGUUGUUUUUCCUGUUUGGUUUGUGUGACAGAUAUGUCAACACCAAAAGGUAAUGCUUCCAGUAUCAUCAUUCAGUUCAAAUAACUUAAUCUUCUUGCCAUUACUGAUAGCUUUUUGCUCGCAGUUUCAAAUGUUGUAAUCCGUUAAAGUGGGCAGACCAUUAGUUCUUAUUAGCCAAUCAUUGAGGGGAUGGACUGCCUUCAAUGAUCUUUUCUUACCACACAAUGAUGCACAAUAAAGUAGGCGUUCAUAGCAUUUUCCUCUGCAGGGGGCACCCUUUUAAUUAUACCAGCAUCUAAUUGCUCCUUGAAAAUAUGACCCUAUUAUUUCAACAGUGCUACAUCAGAUUUCAGUCUUGUCCUUAAUGAUGCCAGGCGAGCUAAACAUAGCUCAUUAUCUCUUUUUACUGGUGAACCGAUGUCUCCUUUCCAAGGCAGACCAACUUCAAUUCUCUCACCAUUGUGUUUGAUAUUCCAUUCUUUGGUCGAAUCACCAUUGCUUAGCUUGUUGUCACCAUGUUUAAUCACCAUUGCUAGUAAAAGGCUUAAUGGUCAUUCAAAUAUCAAGUCAUUCAAUGAUAUCCGUUUGAGAAAACUAUAUCUGCGUUUAUUUUUGGUGUCAUUCUGAAGUUUUGCCGAACAUUUAGCUCGGCAAUUUACACUGGCGACAGUUGUUGUGGGAUUUGAAAUCUGAAAUAUUACUUCACCAUUUAAAGGGACGUAAGUGAUCACUGUACAUACAUUUUGAAGCUGUUUUUCCUUUGAAUAUACCUUGUAUAUAGAACUCAAUUCAACUCAUUUCUGAUUAUCAUUUGGCGAAAAUGAAUAAAAAGAGAGCCACCAAAGUGAGGGAACUUAAACUUGAAAUCAUCGCUUCACCCCCACAAUAAAAAAAAGACUAACAAAGAAUCGUUGUUCACCUAAAAAACUUUUAUGGGGAACCGGGAGAAGAUAUAUUGAAAAGUGGCUACAAAAUUUUGAAAGGGUCGCCAAAGCCAAUAACUGUUCAGAAAAAAGGCAAUGCAAUAUCUUGCCAGCAUUUCUAUGGGACAGAGUGGCCGAAUAUUAUGUUGAGCCACCAAAGUGAGGGAACAUAAACUUGAAAUCAUCGCUUCACCCCAACAAUAAAAAAAAGACUAAUAAAGAAUCGUUGUUCACCUAAAAAACUUUUAUGGGGAACCGGGAGAAGAUAUAUUGAAAAGUGGCUACAAAAUUUUGAAAGGGUCGCUAAAGCCAAUAACUGUUCAGAAAAAAGGCAAUGCAAUAUCUUGCCCGCAUUUCUAUGGGACAGAGUGGCCGAAUAUUAUGUUGAGCUACAUGACGGGUUAAAAGUGACCUUGAAACACUUAUAUCCUCAUUAAUGAAACAUUUUAUACGUAGGGAAGCUCGUAGGUGUUAUUAUCCUAAUUUAUAUUGACGCAAGCAAAACGAGCUAAAAUCCGUUGAUGAUUUUGGCCGGGCCAUAAAACUGCUUGCCCAUCGGCCAUAUGCUGAAAUUCCCAUAGAACAUCAAGACACUCUGAUGCAUGAACAUUUUGUGAAUGGACUUAGGUCUGAUUUAAAGUGUAUGGUAUAAAUUUCGAACCCUAAAACAUUCACGCAAGCACUGGUUUUGACCAAGAAGGAAGAAAUCCACGAGCAAAUUACAAAUGGAUCCACCACCUGGGUAAAGCAAAAAUUUUUGUACCCAAGCAAUGCUAUUGUAACAAACCGGGGGAACAAAACUGGGGAACAAAAUUUUAAUGAAAGAAUAGAUCAUUUAGAAAGUGUGGUUGAAAAACUUGCCAUGACUCUUGCUGAGUCCUCUGUUACCAAACGCCCCAAUCGUUGAUUUGGGGGUAAAGGCACAUAUCGUAGAAGGUACGAGGAAAGGAAUUCAAGGUCCAGUAACAUUGCGUGCUUGUGAAUAAUGAGAUCCCGGUAAAGAUUUUAAAUGCUAAUGACUUUCCAGUCAAGGACCGUGUGAUCUAAAUGCUUUAGGUCUGUUUCCAACAUUGCAGCGUGGCUAUAAAUAUGUAGUAAUUUUUACUGAUUACUUUACCAAAUGGCCUUCACGAAUGCUGAUUCUCCUACCACCGCCAAAUUAUUUGUUGAGGAGAUCUUGUGCCGACAAUCAGCUCCUCGUAAGUUGCUAUUGGAUCGGGGUAAGAACUUCUUAGCUAAAGUAGUGAAGGAUAUUUGUCAGAUGGUAAACAAGUCUAAGGUUAACAUCACAAGUUAUCACCCAGAAUGCGAUCCCCUUUAUUAGAGCCCAAACUGUUUAUAGAGGGUUUGCAGUAGCACUUGGUGUCUAUUUCAUGGUUGCUCAAUGACCUGGGGAAAAAAUCGGAAAUUAAAAUAUUCUGAUUUUUUAUAUAAUACAGUCUACUGUUGUAAUUAUGGUGAUCAACUAUUGCUUUACAUUUUCUUGAAGGUUUCUUUCUUUGAUGAAGAUACUUUCUCAUACAACUUGUGAGAAAGUACGGAUUCAACUUGAAUGUUGCAGGAUCAAGAGAAGGUGUAAAAAAUGUCAGCAUAAAGAAUAUGUGCAAGAAAUUGGAUGAAUACAAUGUGCAGCUUUGGCGAAAUUCUCUCGGAUGACGACAAAACAAUAUACUUGUCAUGCUGUUUCUCUAGAAAGGAGCUGUAUAACACGUAUAGAUCAAACAACAAGUCCUCGGAUAUACAGCUUUCUGGAAAAUGUGGAAAAAGGACUUUAAGCAUGUGGAAAUUUCAAGGGUAAGAAUACAUGAGAUCUUCUGUUUAUCGAAGCUGCAACUCGUUUUUAAAGGCUAAAUGGGUUUUUGGGUUUGAAAAAUGUGGCCCAUGACAUGGCACAAGAUUCUUUAGACUUUUUUGCAAGGAGUCCAACUUUUUGCCCCACCUCUAUACUCUUGAAAAGAUUCCAUUUUGAGCCUGGAUAUAUUCAUAAAGUAUUCACAUAUUUUUAAAAUGUAGUUUUUAGAAAACAUAUUUCCUUGGGAAGGUUGAAUAGAAAGCACGCUUUUAAAACAAAGAGAUAUACCAAUAUCAGUCAUGCAAUUUCCAGGUAUGAACAUCGCAAGACAGACAACUGCAGCAGCCAGAAUGCUGAAAAAUGAGACUCAAAUACACAAAUAUGCUAGCUUUGGUGAAGCUACAUUCAUUUAAUAUUUGUAAAGAUUGGGCGAUUCUGUGCCUGAAUAUUCUUAGAAAAUUCCUUAUAAAACAGUUCAUAGCUCUGAUAUGAUUUUGAGGCGCACUUCUAUCUCUACAUAUACUUGCGAGUUUACAUGCAGUUGACAUUCUUCAUAGUAAAAAAAUGCAUUGAGUGAACUUUUUUAAAAUUACUGUUUACUUGUCUGUCAUUAAAUCAUCAAUGCCUUCUAGCCAAUUCUGUACUAUAUUCUUGCAUUAACAGGACGAUUGUAAGUUGCUGCUCUGAGUUUGAAGCUUGAUGCGACCAUCAGGCAACUGUUUUUAGGUGAAUAUUGUACAUAUACUUGGUAUCUUUUGUUGAGAUAUAUAUUUUAUAUGUAAAUAUCUUACAGGGAAAAGGCAGUUUUACAAAAUGUGGCGUCUGUGUGCUUUUGAAGGAAUUGACUACUGCUUCCACAAAUCCAGACAGAAGAAAAAGACUUCUUCAGAAAAAAGACAAAGUACAUUGAGCAGCAACAGUAAGUUAGGCACUAUAAUAUUAGUAAUACCUAUGACGUUACCAGCAUAUUUUAUUCAGAUCAGACAAAGUAUUUUUAAUGUCAUUCUAGAAAUGAUAAAUAAAAAAUAAAAAUGAUAAAUUUUAAUAUUUUUUGUUGAAAUUAAUAACGAUGAUGUUUAUAUCUUCCUAGAGCAGAAAGAUAGAGUUACCACCACAUUGCUAAAGUGUGAAAAGACCCAAAGAAAAAUAUCUCGAUAAUUUCUGAAGCCCUGGAUCAAUCCAAAAGUAAUAUUCCGCAUUGGAUUUCAAAAUCAAAGUUACCUUUCGUUAUUAUUUUCCAAAAAAUUAAAAAAUUACAGCUGAAUUCUUUAUAUUUAAUGACAAAAAAUUGUAAAUUUGGUGAUAUUUGCAAUAGGCACACCAUUCAAAUUUGGUGAUGAAUCCGCUGUACAGAGUGUUGGUAGAUAUUGCCACAGUACGUUAAAAAGUCAGUUUUUCUAUUUUACCACUGGCAGAUAGCUAUGGCAGAUGAGAUUUAAUUUUUCUGGACACGUUAUCCAAAUGUGUAUUUAAAUAUUUUGAAAUUAUAUCCACAAGUUUUAUCCAGAAUAUCGUGUAAACAAAUUUUGUCUACACUGUUGAUAUUUGCAACACUGACAAAUAUGUUUAUGAACUGCUGUCUACAAAAACAAACAAAAAAGUAGGUUUACACGAUUUCUGUACUUUUCUAUGUUUGCCAUAUUCAGAAAUGAUUAUUUUCAACAGAUGUCCAGUAUCCAUGCAUGGUUUUUUAUAAAAGUACAUGUAAUCUUUGUGCAAAUACUAACCAAAGCUAUGUACUUUCCAUUGAAAUUUUACUCUUUUUUGAAACAGUAUGAAACAGUUGUAGUUCAUGGAAGCGUAGCAAUAUCUUAGGAAUAUUUCCCUCUUUUUUACAGGUUGAGAUCAAAAAAAGAUGAAUAAGAAAACGAGAAAGUUAGAAUCUAACUUCUGCAGCAACCAGAGACGACAAAUGUACAGCGAUUCCGGCCUAAAUUCGACAAGAACAUCAAGCUCCUGCAACACAUUUGCAACAUUGAACUCACUUUUAGGGCCAUCCACCAAAUUAAAAUCACGACAAUUAUCCGUUUUGGAUAGUUUUUUAAAGGCAUGAAUGCAAGACAUCAUUGACAAGAUAGGAUAAUGUUUGAAUGCCUCGUGAAAUUGAAGAAUAAAUUGAACUGCAAAUGCCGCUCAAUCAAUGCAUUUAAUUAUAUGGGAAAUGAGGUCAGGAUCUUUGCUGUCUCAGGGAACAUGUCUUAACUUCAAUUCGUAGACUCUACCCUUCGAGAUAGAAGUGUUUGAGGCUGCGCCCAGGCUAUUGGCAUAGUUGCUUUAUAAUUAUUUGCAGACAAAUUAUUACUUAUAUUACGCAGGUUCUAUUAUUAAUGUAUAAUUUUGUCAUCACGCAUUUUCUGGCUCAAACUCCGGCCAGCAAAAAAGGAAUGACAUGUUUAAAUAACAAUUUUGUCCACCCCUAAUUUGGAGGGGUUUCCCUUGAGAAAGAUAAAAUGCGCACCGAAAGACCGGGAUUAACCAUUCAUUAUCUUGAGUGGGGGGGGGGGGUAGAAUCUAGCCCCUGGUGUUUUUUUGUGAUAAAUUUCUUAACCUUAUUCUAAUCAUGCUGAUUUUUACAGAGAAUUAACAAAAUUUAUCUGGCUUCAGGGUGAACAUUUUUUUUUCAUUUUUCAUUGUGUGCAACCCAUUGGACUGUAAGAGCCAAUUUUUUUCAAAAAUAAUUGAUCAGUUUGACAGCUUGCAACAGCUUUGGGACCUCUGCUUGCAGAAAAAGCUUACAACUGAUGUUCGCUCUAGAAUUAUUGAAUGUCAGGCUGUAAGAAAAGUUGCCAAAGCUGUGAACAGUGGAGGUUUGACAUAUUGUCGUUCUUAGUUUAUAAUUUCAGACUUUAAUUGUUAUCAUUAUGGCUGAAAAUAACGCUGAGGCAAAUUCUAAUGAUCAAACGAAGAAGAAGUUAUCAUUAAGAAUACAAUGCGUAGCGUUGGGAUGUUAUAAUUUCAGUAUAACAAAGACUGUACUGGGACAAGCCUACAUUUUUUUCAUUCCCUUAAAACAAUCCAAGAAAAAAUCACUGGUGUAAUUUUAUAAAGAGAUGCAUUGGCUUUGAUGAUUUCAUGGUAGAAGAAGAAGAAGUUUAAUGAAGAAGAAGAUGUUGCCUUGCCUGAUACUGUUGAAAAGGUGUCAUCUCUAUUUUCAACAUGUUCAACUCAGACCGAACUUUCUUUUGUCAAGACGCCUGUUUAUUUGAAUGAUGCUUCCUCUUCUAACCUUAUGACAGAUCAUUGCUAUGCACCUCCUUUAUCUUCAAUGAGAGAAUAUGUCACUCUCCAACAGAAAAUUGAUGAACUGUCAGUUAAAGUUUCAGAAUUGAAUGCUAAACUAUCCAUUGCAAAAAAGUCACUUUCCUCCAUCCAUAAGUUGAAAUAUGAUAAUGGAGCUGUCAAAUUUUACACCGGGUUUCAAAAUUUCUUUUCUCUGGAAUCUGUUUUGGAUUAUUUGGCACCAAAGUUGGAUAAUAUUUCUUAUUGGUGAGGAUCUAAGUCACAUGAUGUAUCUAAAGACAAGCCGGACAGGCCAGAUGAACACAAGAAAUCUGGUCCCAAAUAGAGUUUAUCUUACUUUGAAGAAUUUGUCUUGGUUUUAAUGCGUCUGAAAGUUUGUUUAUUCGUAAAUGAUCUUGCAGAUAGAUUUGGUAGCUCAAGUGGACAUGUUUCAAAGAUUUUUACUACUUGGGUCAAAUUCUUGUUUCAUGAAUUGCCUUCUCUCUUCCCCUUCCUGUCUCAAAAACAAAUCCGAAAGUAAAUGCGAGAAGAAUAGCGCUUUCCUCUGAAGCUUAAAAUAGAUUCUCACGUCAAGGCGCGGUGCACUAUGGGAUCAAGACUCGGACAAGCAAAUCUAUUUAAACAAUGAGUAAAAAGUCAACAACGAAGCAUUGUUGCUGGGGGGUAUGUAAAAGCGACUCUAGGUAUCCAGAUCGAAUGCCAGAUGGUACAGUUUUUUUUACCAUUUUCAAAGCCAGGAAGACACCACGAAGGAAUGACAAAGUGGGAGCUGGAGCAAGCCAAGAUAAAAACAGAGCGUGCGAAGGAAUGGUUGCAUGCUUGUGGAAGGAAGGACUUUUCUAAAUUGGAACAGAUAACGAAAGAUACAUAUAUAUGUUUUCUCUACUUUUUCAACGGCCAGGGUCCAACAGAGGAAAACUCAGACCCAGUUCUUGCAAUAUUAACAGAAAAGGAAGCAGAAGGCAGGAUGAAGAGAAAGAGACACCCAAAAGAUCGCAGUAUUGACGCGAACAACACAGCGUCAAAAAAGGCCAAAGAAAGUAUGGAGGAAAUAUCAGCAUAUGAAGUGGAAGCUCUUGCAACAGGGUCAAACAAGUCGAAUGAGGUGGCGAGUAUUAAAUUGCAAGAAAAAUCAGAUGCUUCCACUCAAACCAUUUACGACAAGUAUGUGCUUGGAGAGAAAAUCGAAACAGUUAUUCUAAGAAAUGAUGCAAAGACUCGAAAGAUGCAGGCACAAUGAAUAAUUUAAAUCUUAUGUCCCCAAAUGUAAUAUUGGCUGACAGAAAGAAGUCUAAAUUUUUUAUAGGCCUUUAUCCUGAUCAGGUUGAUCUUUAAGUUUUUGGGUCCUGCUAAAUAUCAACUGACAUAUUGGUGCUUCCCACAGGAGCCAGACCCAAUGGGACUAUGCCAAACAGGGAAAUCUAUAUUCCUCAUACAAACACCACACUACCUUCAAAGCGUUGAUUGCAGUGACCCCCAAUGGGAGUGCAUGUUUUGUGUCUGAUUUCUAUGAAGGAAGCCUUGAUGAUGUUGCCAUUACUCAAAGAUGUGGGAUCUUAGAUUACAUUGGGCCUGGAGACCUUCUGUUAGUGGAUUAAGGUUUCAGAAUUCAAGAUCUUAUGCAUGAAAAACAAGCCACAAUCAAAAUACCACCAUUUUUAGGAAAUAGGUCACGAUCAUAGAAUUGGUCACAAUGUUUUGAUGUCUCGUACAGGUUUUAUUGGCGUCAAGUGAAUUUAUGAAGAGAGUCCAACUCAAGAUGGUUGUAAACAGGCUAGGAAUAACGAGUUUCACCAAGGUUUGAAUCGAAAAGCGGAAGUUUUUGUACGAGAGGUCAAAGGGGACUGAUUUCAGCCUGGUCAAAGUCAGCAGUGAAAUCACAAGGAAAACAACAAGGAACGCUGUUUGUGAGUUGCUUAUUGUAAAAAAGGAACAUUUAAAUUCCAAUUUAGCUGAUUACUGCCUAAUUUUAUCAGCAAUUCUAGCUACAAAAUUGACUGGAAAUUCUGCGGUAAUUUGCUCGUUUGCUGCGUGUCCGCCAUUUUUGGCAAUUCAUAAUGGCGGCAAAAACUGUGAAAUCGCUUAUUGGAAGGACAAUUCCACUGUCAUUAAUGCCAUUAGCUGCUUGUUUAGUAAAUUUUCAAGAGCCUUUGUGUAGAUAGUUUGUUUAACUAUAAAUAUAUAUUAUAUCAACUCAACUAUAGGCCCCCUAGAUAUAGGCCCCUGUGUACUAACCUACAUAUCAUUUCAGAUGUAGGCCCCCAAAUAAAAGCAUAGGGCUUCCCUUUGAAAUUCACUGUGUAUAGUGAAGAUUCAAUGAAAAAUUUUUUUCAUGAGGUAGCCUGAAUAAAAUGACUGUUCCUGCGUUGGGCAGAGCCUCUUAUUACUUUUGUUCUUUCGUGAAAUGUUUGCAUGAGUACACUUUGGUGCCUAAUAGAUGCUCCCCACUAAUUAAUUUUUUCCAAAAUUUUCCACCCAGGACAUUAUUAUUUCAACCCCCCCCCCGGGCUAUUAAGUUUUGGGAGAAAUUCCACCCAAGAUUAGCUUUCAAGUAAUUGCAAAGACAUUGCAUUGCUAAUUUGAAUAGUUGUCUUUCUUUUUCUUAGUUUUUCUUAGAUUCUAUUGUUGGCUGCCAAAGAAGUUGAACUGUUUAAAAAAUUGUCCAUGCCCCAAAUGUUAUUAAAUUUAAGGGAAUUUUCCAACCCCCAGCUUAUUCUACCCCCCCCACCCCUGCUAAUUAGGUUUGGAGAUUUUUCCAGCCCUCCAACUAUUCCAACCCCCCAGUCUAUUAGGCACCCAAGAGUAUGUUGGUGUAAAUCUCCUUGAUUGGAAGCCAAAUUAUGAUUUUAUGGCACAUGCAAGUCAUCUGUUACCCCAAUAGUCCUCCCUGAGGUAAGCCCCCAUCCCCCAGAGAUAAACCCGCAAGAGACUUAUAAGAACCUUUAAAAGUUCAUGGUUUAUAUUUGGGAUUUUAUGGUAUUCAGAUACACGAUCGUAACAAGGAACAGAAGUAGAUUGAAAUAGAUAGAAAGAUACAAGUUUAAACAUAACUUUUUAAGAGAAUGAAUUGACUGUCUCUACUUAUAUAUAUCCUCAAAAUAUAUCAUUUCUUGGUUUCCAUUUGUGUUAGGCAAUUAGUGGAAAAUGUUUAAUUAAAACAAAGCAACCAUUAACUAAAUAAGCAACUUAGGAUUUGACCAAAAUUCUAAGUUGCAUAUAACGAAUCUUGCAUUCAAGGUAGGCUUAUGGGGGCUAGGGGGCUUGAGCCAUUGGAAAUAAAUACUCUUGAAGCUUGUCAAUAAUACCUUAUGAUAUUGUCUGCUGUUGUUCACAAAAUCGUGAAUCUGCCAAUAAAGAGCUGAGUUUCUACCACUUAUAGUAGGAAUUUCGUACUGCUACAAUUGUGCAAUUAAAAAAUAUUUUCUCUCUAUCCAAAAACUAAACAAUAAAUGCAUGAAGUCUUCUUGAAACACGCAUCUAAAAGUACUCAGGUAUGAAGACUUUGUGCCAGAAGGAAGACAAGCUGACUCUCAACUUCUCCUGAAAUUGUUUGUCACAUGGAAUCCUCUGAACUGAUGGUGGUCCUUUGGGAGAAUGCAAAACAAAGUCACAAAAUGGUAGCUGAAGCACCAGCAGUUGUAGCUGGACGGCUUAUCAUAUUUGACGAAACGAAACGAAAUGAAAAGUGAUUUUUAAAGAAACAAACAAAACGAUCUCCAUAUCUCUAAAACUGCUUGCAAGAUCGAAUCGAAACCAUGAAAUUUGUGUUGGGGGCAUUGAUUUUCACCUGUAUGAAUGGUUUUUAAAGGAAACUUGCCCAUCUGAAAUGAAAUUCGGACAAUUUUAGAAAAGUGCUACAAUAAGUCAAAAUCUACUUUCAGGAUUGAAAUAAAAUGUGAGUGGAUUUUUCAGCGGGACAGCAUGUUAGCAUAAUUGAUAGAUCAAGACAAAAACAGCUGUUAAAAUAAAAUGAAAAGCAUUAAUUGUUCUUUAUUAUAAUGUUGGAGUGAAUUCAAGGCUCUUAGCCAGACAUUGUUUUUCAAGAAUUGGAUAUGGCUUUGCGUAAGGUGCUCUUUUACGCUGUUGGCCGUUUGUAGCCUAACUUUCCAAAAGUAGGGGUUUUGUUUUAAAAUACAUUCUUUCCUUACGCAGUAAAAUUGGUUUCCCAUCAUCUUCGUUGUUAGCUCCAUUCUCAAGACUCUUCCCUCUUCGUCUUUGAUAGGGUACUGAUAUCGUUCCCUGUGAAUCACUAAAAUGUCAAAUGGUAUUGUGAGAAAUGCUCUGGGAAAUGCAUUUUCGCAACCUUUGCAAGCCACUGCUCUUUUGUAGUCUUUUAUAAAGCCGAUUUGAAAUGGCUCAUCAUUGUGGUAGUGUUCCAUGAACUUGGCGGGUCGUUGAUGACUUAUAUCCAGCUCAUCGAUUAGCUCAAUUAUUGGCUCCUUUGCCACAUUAUUUUUUCCGCGCUGCUUUUUUGAGCCUGGUUUGAGACCGGCACUUUCAGGACUAUUUUUAAAUAGCAUUUGGAAAGGCUUGUUGCCUUGCUUUUUUAAAUUUUAAGAUAGCUGUAAAGUUUUUUGUGAUUAUCACAAACGACUUCUAUAUGCUCGCAUAGCAUUCCAUUUUCUUUAAACGAUUUGCAAGAACAAUAAUACCGUUGCUGUGACAUUUGCUCGAUAUGGAAUACUUUAUCUUGAAAUUCCCAUUUUCCAGUGGAAUGACUUUUUCAGUCUCCAUUAAUACUGCAGUUUUCCCAGAUUCCUCUAAGCCUUAGGGCAGAAAUUGUUGGGACACGGAAGUCUAUGUCCUCGUACCUUUGACAAGGUGACAUUUUUCUCUUUUUGGCAUUAAACAUGAAAACUUUGUUUCUAUAGUUUUCUUUCUGUGCAAAACUCAUCUGAAACCAUUGCGCUUUAUCCAGUUAAAAUUGUGUGCCCUUAAAAUUCCAAACGAUUGGAAUCUGUGUCUCAGCAUUUGAUGCCAUAAAAAGUUCAUUUGCAGGAGACAUCUGCUGGGUAGAAUUAUGCCUGAUUUCAUCUUCUACUCCCAACUUUCAGCUGGGUCAAUUCCUGCAUCAGACAUGAGCACUAUGCUUGUUUGUUUGCCAUGGUCAUGGUUUGCCGUUGCUUCCUCUCUUUUGACCAAUUCAGCUAUCAUCUGAAAAUUAUAUCAAAAACUUAAAAAAACAAAAUUUUUCAAACUUUUAAAAACAGCCAGCUUUUGAUUUUAUUAGUAAAAGUAAUCUCUUUAGUCCUAAUACUAUCAUGUAGAAUUAAAAAUAAUUUUCACUUGUCUUACGAACCUCUAGUCUGCGUCGCUUCGCAAAGCCCCUAUACCGCUUCUUUUGGCCAAGUUUCUUCGGGCUUGGAGACUCCAAAGAGAGCGGCGAUUGAAAUCUCGAUGUAAUUGGCUUGACAACUGUCCUCCUUUUAAAGCUCCUUUUUCCUUUGACUUGCCAUCUCCCUUUCGGAGAUCCCUUAUAAAAAAUGGUAGGUACGGCAUCGGGCUUCAAGGAAGGAUGUUUGAUUCCUUCGAGUCCUAGGGAAGCUAUGAAUUUUGGUCCCACUUCGAACUGGUCCUCCUCAAAAUGAUCCUGGCACAAUCUAGAAUGUGUCUUUAAUUCCAAAUUCAGAAGACCCAUCUUUGCGAUCCAAACUUUUUGCAAGGAAGGAUCAGAGGGGAAUUUAAAAAGAGUUUUACUUUUCUGUCUUGGCUGGCUAGGCCCAUCAGAAAUAUCAGAAGCGUUUUCAGCAGCAGCCGUCCGGCUUCCGCGCGAUUUUCUUUUCCUACUGUCCUCAAAACAAUUGUAUGCACUAUAGUGAACCAUCUUUCUCUAUCAGACAGAAUUUCUUUAUGAUUGCUUUUAACAGCCCUAACUGCAUCUAAAAGAGUUAAGACAAAAAUAACCUGGAAUCCUUGCAAACUGAUGUGUCUAAGAAUGCACAUAGUAGACUGAAGCAUUGAAAAUAUUGCAAAUUUCAUCUCCAGUAGCUGUAAAUAAUUGUCGCAGUAGCUGUAAAUAAUUGUUUUAUUGUUGAAGUUUUAAAUUAUAUUUACAACACCCGAUUUUCAACCUAUUUUGGUAGAUAAAGAUACACAUAUAAUAUCAUGGAGAAAGGUAAAGAUAUAAAAUCCGCACUAAAAGAUGCCAUUGAAUGCAUAGAGCGUCUGGAGCAACAUGGUUCUAGUUCAGCAAACACCGUCAAAAAUGCUGUACCACCAGCCGUCAGGACUUUGAGGCCAUUCUUGCCAAUGCAGCGCAGUGCAGACACACAUACUUCGCUAAUUAAUACAAGCAGAAGACCAAACAACAUCGAAGGAAACAGAGAAGAAGCAGUAAUGCUAGAUUUUAGAUAAAGAUACACAUAUAAUAUCAUGGAGAAAGGUAAAGAUAUAAAAUCCGCACUAAAAGAUGCCAUUGAAUGCAUAGAGCGUCUGGAGCAACAUGGUUCUAGUUCAGCAAACACCGUCAAAAAUGCUGUACCACCAGCCGUCAGGACUUUGAGGCCAUUCUUGCCAAUGCAGCGCAGUGCAGACACACAUACUUCGCUAAUUAAUACAAGCAGAAGACCAAACAACAUCGAAGGAAACAGAGAAGAAGCAGUAAUGCAAGAUUUUAGCUCAUAUUCAGUGCCUUUUACCACCCUACAUCCGCAAAGGACAAGUGCACUUUGUAUAGAGACCGAAACAUUAUUGACAGAAGAAAUGUUUCAUCUGAUGUUAAGCACCAUGUGAAUCCUUGCAAGACAUUCCUUGCAUUAGCAAUAAAGGCAUGUGUUUUUGUAUCUGCUUUGCAUAUCAUGGAGAUGUCAUCAAUAGAUGGGAAACCUGCUAAGGUAUUGCCUGUUAAUGAAAACGGUAAAAGAAUAGAAAAGAGUCAAUACCUGGUGGAGAUUGCAACAAAAAUUGUUGACGAAUUCGUCCUAAAAGCAUCCAAAGUCAAUGAGUUGAUGAAAAAGAAGGGAAACCUGGAAUCCUUGCAAACUGAUGUGUCUAAGAAUCCACAUAGUAGACUGAAGCAUUGAAAAUAUUGCAAAUUUUAUCUGCAGAGUCGCAGUAGCUGUAAAUAAUUGUUUUAUAUCAUCACAAAGAAGUAAGGAAGAGGAAGAAAGGUGAGGAAGAGGAAGAGAAGAGGUGAGGAAGAGGAGGAGAAGUGUCUUGAAAUUAUUUUUGAUAAGCAGCUUAAUGCUAAUCUUUCAACUAAGGGGAAUUGACGUUGAAGUUUUUAAAUUACAUUUACAACACCUGAUUUUCAACCUGUUUUGGUAGAUAAAGAUACACAUAUAAUAUCAUGGAGGAAGGUAAAGAUAUAAAAUCCGCACUAAAAGAUGCCAUUGAAUGCAUAGAGCGUCUGGAGCAACAUGGUUCUAGUUCAGCAAACACCGUCAAAAAUGCUGUACCACCAGCGGUCAGGACUUUGAGGCCAUUCUUGCCAAUGCGGCGCAGUGCAGACACACAUACUACUUCGCUAAUUAAUACAAGCAGAAGACCAAACAACAUUGAAGGAAACAGAGAAGAAGCAGUAAUGCAAGAUUUUAGGUAGAUACAUUUCUAAUUUUCCUUUCUAAUUUUCUUUAUCUUUUUCAUCAAUCGAUAUAUGUAUUUCAUAAAAUCAGGUGCAUGUUUAUUAUAAAGGACCUAACACAUGGCCUAGUUCUUGAAGUUCCUUAUUUUUGGAGCAUUUUUUUUAUCAAACUGUAGUACUAAAAGUUCCUUAAUAGUUCCUUAAGUUGACUGCAUUUCCUCAACACCCUGUUCUUUUACUGAAAUGUCUGAGGGGCAAAAGACAGCAACCCGAAAGUUACUCAAUUAAACACCUUCAUAACACACAAUGUAUCUGAUUUUUAACUACAAAUGAAUAGAAAAAACAACCAAAGGCUAAGGAAGGCAAAAUGCAUUACAACUGCACAGAAUGUUUUGCAACUAUACAAAGGAAAUGUAGAUUACAAAGUCAAUCAGAAAAACAUUAUCAAUCUCCAAAAAGAAUUCCCUCAACAAAGAUGCUAUUGGUUUGAAGAAACUAUCAUCUAAAAAGGACAAACAGCUGUUAGAAGAGAAAACCAUUGUUUCUAGAAGACAACUAAACAUCGAGCAUGUAGAAUGUGAUAUUUGCAAAAGAAAGGUUACCAAAAAGAAUAGAAAUCUUCAUGAUAAAAGGUGGCAUAGCCAAGAAUAUACAUACACUGCAGUUUUUUGUGAUAAACACAAAGGUUUUUACAUGAUUAGAAAGUCAUCACAUGGGGGUGUGGGUCAUCCUUUGCAUGUACAAAAAUUACUUCAAAGUGGAUUAAUUGAUUGUGAAGAUGAAAGGUGUCGAGAAGAGAUGACGACUGCUGCGUGGUCAGGCAUGAACGGAAGGGAAUGCAGUCAUUUGACGCUAGUUAAUAAUGCUUUCUAUCCACAACAGUUUACAUUGAGUGAAUACAAACUAUUUCAAUUGGCUUUCAGUGGAAAGUAUAGAGUUUUGUCUGAGGAAACAGUUAGCACGUGCAUUGAGUUAGAACACGGUUGUGAUUUGUAUAAUCAUCCAUUAGUGGUUGCUUGGAAGGACCAAAAUCAUAUUCAUUUGUCGGUCUAUAACAGCAAAUAUAUGAACAUACUUAUACGGUCUUGAUGUAUAGUUUUUUACAAGAGUCUAUCUGGUGGUCUAAACUGAAAGGGUAAAAAUUUUCUUUGCAUUUAGAAUGCCUUAGCGAAUGUUACGAGUUUAACUGCAUGAUAUGUGGUUUUUAUCUCGAUGGCUGAUGUUAAUCAUAAAGUUGCAUUCAAGUAUACUUCUCCUACAGAAAAUGAUUUGAAUGAAGAUGAUGUGGAUGAAGUUGAUUGUCAAAAUUUUUGGAAUGACGUUGCAAUGGAGAUGAUGAGCAGGGGGUUUUGUUCAAUAAAACUAGACUCUCUAAAAGUGGGUCCGAAUCUGUCAUAUUGGCCACUUUUUAUGGGUAGAAAGAGUGGGAUAGGAAAUAUAAUUUAUAAUUCCAAGCACCUUAAAGUUCAUAGGGAUGAUGAAAGUGUUGAGGUGGAAUUUAGAGAGAUGUCUGAGGAGAAUGUCCAAAAGGCAAAUGAAGGAGACCUACAGCUAUCAUUUCCUUUGAUUAAUUCAUUCUCAAAGCUAGGAAAAGAUGCAGAUGCUAACUGUCACCCAAUCAUCGAUAGUGCGUAACAUUUUGCCCUUUUUGACCGACUCCAUGAGGGAAACAGCUCUAAUGAAGUUGAGGUACUACAGAGGAUAGGUUGCAUCAAUGGGCUCUAUGGUCAAAUUAAUAGUCAAGUUGCAGAACAAAUUCAUGGCUCGUUCAACCUAAACAGAUACUUUCUCAAUAAAAUGUCUCCAUCUAAUCAUAUAUUUAUGUUACGCUUAAUCAUUGAUUUGACAAACUGGAACUGGCAAGUUAUUUGUGAAAUGGAGAAAAGAACGAGACUUGUUGCUAAAUACGACAAAUUUGGUCCUGCAAUUCUUGCCCAUUCGAGAGAAGAGGACUAAGUUCAUGACGAUCAAAGCUCAGACGAUUCUGUUGACAGAUCCUUCCUUGAGACAGCAUCCAUAGAUCCAUUCCCAUGGUUUGAUGGUUUGAGGAAGUUUCAUUUUCUAAGGAAGACCAAACAUCAAAACCUGACUAUAAAGAAUUUGUCAACGGUUUGUACAGGAUGGCAAUCGCCAGAAUCUUUCCUCAUAUUCAAACAAAAGUUUUGAAACCCAGCUAAAGAAGAGGUGUCUGCAAAAUAUCAAUAUCUCUAAAACAAGUGAUAUCGAACCUGAAGAUAAAGAAGGGCCUAUUGAUGAUCUUUUUCCAUUAGACGUCAAGGAACCCCUUGAUUUUGACAAUGCUAUUGUAAUAUCUGAUGAUGAUCUUAACUGAGGUAAAGUUAUUGAUAGUCAUAAUGUGGUAAUAGAUUUUGCAGCAAAUAUUCUCUCGUUUGAUACCACACCGAGUAGCAGUAAUAUUGAAAAUCCAGAGGCUAUAGUGGAAAAGUUGCAAAAGUGAAAUUAUUCUAAAUCAAAUUGAAUCAGGUUUACCCUUGUGUUGCUCUGUCAUUAGUGCUGCAUUGGAUAUCUUGCGCCAUCAUUUUCCUAGUCUAGGCAGAUUGAACCCAAUUUGUAAACUUAAUAAUAUGUGGGGCAGCGGCAAAAGUUUCGUUCAAAUUGUUCCCUUCAAUGAUUUAGGGGAUGGAUGCAUUGAAUGGGGCACCCUGUCAAAUGUCUUCUUGUCUAGAACUAUUUUUUCGUAUGACAGUCUUGUAAGAAACCAUUUCUCCAAAAACAAAAUAGAGUGUAAAUACGAUAUUUCAGUCGAGGGUUAUGCUGCAUUACUUAGACAACCAAAGAAAGAUAGCUUCGAAAUUCAAGUUGUAGAUACCACAUCAUCUUUAAAAAAUGCAGACAGCGAAAUAGCUGCUUUAUUUUAUACACUCAGUCUUGAUGCAGGGAACUUGAUCCACAGGUAAUUUAUUACAACUAAAAAAGACUGUCUGUCGUGCAUCGUGUUUGUGGUUGAUUAUUGUUAAUGAGAAUGUCUUUCGAUGUUUGUGUCAGUCAUUUUGUUUGUCAUUGUGCCAUCUCUAUUGAAGUUGUUAUUAGUCCAUUUGCUGUUAAUUUGUGUCAUUAGGAUUUUGUGUGCAUCACUCAUGUUGUUAAAAUCCUAUGUUCUUUCAAUGCAAGUUUCAGUCGAGUUGAAGUUGUCGUUUAAUUCAAUCCGUAGGGUGUAGACGUGAUUUUAGAUAUUCAGAUAGCUGUUGCUUUUUGGAUGUUUAAUUACCGAACUGCUGUUGCAUUUCGGAUGUUUAAUUUUUCUAUAUAAAAACUGCUGAUUGAAUUGUUGUACUUAAUGUGAAGAAGAACUUCCGUAAAACUUCGUAGUUUUAUAAUAUUCAUCCAACCAUUUUGUGAUGUUUUGCUGUGUGGCACAGUCUGCAGAGCUGCAGAUUGGCAAAUGUUGAAGGAAUACAUACUUGUUCAUAAGAAAAAUUCUCUUCUUCUCCAAAGAAAUUAUUCAUUGAAACUUUUUCUAUAUAUUAUUGAAGUCAUGAGACAAAUUUUCCUGUUUUUAAAAUGAUUUCAAAUCUAUUUUUAAAAAAGUCAGCUUGCUUUGGGUGGAUUUUGGGGAGAAACAUGAUGUGUGGCUAGAAUUUUACAAUUUGCUUUUGUUUCCACCAAAAAUUGUUUUUCUUUUGCCUACCAUCAUUCCUUUGUGUUUCAAUUAACAGCAAAAAUUUUCAAACAUUCUGUUCAAAGAUGUUAAUUUGUCAGCGUUUUAUCUCUUGCAUCAUGUCCAUGAAAAGAGCAUUGAGCAAAGGGCAAUUUACAAAAACUUGUUUAUCAUCUUAUCAGAUAUGGUAAGAUAAUUAAUUAAGAGCCUAGAAAUGAGAUCACAAGAUCUUCCUUUAGCAAAGAGAUCACAAGUUCUCGUAUUUUCAAUCAUUGUUCCUCUGUUUUGUGAAACAACAUACUUGGGUUUCAAUUAAAGUUCACAUUAAAGCUGCCACUGAAAUUUGGAUGUUCCACAUAUGAUAAUUAAUAUCUUUGCACAGUACAUUAAUUACUAGAAAAUUAAAACAAAAUUAUGCUUUACAAGUCCAUCUUGACAGUCCAUUAUCAAAAUUAGAUAUUCAUUACUAGCUUCAUUUUACAGUUAAUUAUGACUGAUCCUUACUAAAAAGACAUUUCCUUAAAAUUUUCUCCUACAUUAGCCUAAAUAUAGAUUAUAUUCACCAAAAACUCUACAUCUUUAUCAAUUAUAGAAUACCGAAUCUCACUUAGGCUGUUUAAAUAUAAUCUGAAAAUAUCUCUAUCUAGAACGAAAAGUACCUUAAAUUCUUCCUUGAUGUUGCGAUGUUCAAUACGAUUUAUAACAUCAUCAAAAAACCAAUUAUAAUUACUCAUACCGCCUAUCUUUAUACGAACUGCGAUCUUUUCAAACCCAAACAAUCAUAGACAUCCUUGCAAGUCUCACAAAGAAGUCGCCAAUAACGAAAGGCAGUUUAAAAUCAAUUUGCCCGAGGUAAGUGUGCAAUACCAUAUUGUACUACCAUUUUAUAUCAAAUUUUAAAUUUUACUGCAUCAAUGACUUUGCUCCUGCACUUAUCCUCGUCUUGCACUGCUCUCGGCUCUGUCAAAUCCAUUGACUGAGAACUUAUAUUCCAUUUUUUAACAAUUAAAAUAAUUCUGUACGGUUUCUAAAUUUAAUACAAAUUGAUUUACAUAUUUUUAAUACAAACGGCACUCACAAUUUUAUUAAAGUUUCAGAUCCUAAAUUAUGAUAACAUAGUUACUAGCAAUGGUGUAGUGCUAUCAAAGUAACGAGGAGGGCUCAUGCACAUAAUGUUCUCAAAAACAAUAACAAAAGUAAGAUUUUGGCAAAUUUCAGGCUUUAACAAGGGAACUCAGCACCCCUGCACUACACUCUUUAUUACAACACCUUUCAAAAAUCACUUAUAACAAAUACUCGUCUUCUCUCUUUGAUUAUCAAAAUUUUUACAUAUAUUUCUAGUCAACAUGAGUUCACCACAGCAAAAGAGAAAGUUUCUUCCAAGCAGUACUACAAGCCCACUCCAGUUUCCUCCCAGCCACAGUAAGUGCUCUACGCUAUUUUUGACAUUUUCACUUAUCACAGUCAGUAAUAGGUUUCUUUGAAAUCGUCUACCUCAAACAUUGCUGUACAUUCUAAACACUCAACAGGGUCCAUGCCACGAAUUUGUCAGUGGGUGACAAUGCUAGUAAAAGUGGGAAGGCUAAGGCCUUGUUCACCUUUUAUUGCACAUUCGAAAUUACCCACUCUGUGAAAAAUCUGGGGCCAUGGCCCCUAUCCCCUCCUCUGUCACAUGGGCCCUGUCAAGGUAACAUUGUUGCGUAUGAAAUUUUAAACAAAUUAAUCACAGCAAGUCUCCUUACCAUUGCGUUCUAUUUACUUUAAAUAAGGAUUAUUGCUCUAAACAAAACAUACGUUCACAAGCUCUACCACAUAGAUUGCCUUAGAACAACUAACCAGUCUAAGAGACAAGGCAGGUAGCGCUCUUUUAAAACUUAUUUGAUGAUUUCAAGAACUGGUCAUAGAAGAAAAUAUUUUUAAUAAGAAAAUCUUGUUUUUCCUUUAACUCUUUGUUAAUUGAAAACACGAGGACCUCGAGCAGUAAAACUCGUCCAUCAAUAAUGGAUGACUCACUCGUUUUAUUGGCAAAUUGAACUUUAUAUCUUCCCUUGGGCCGAAUAACUACCGAUUUCACUACUUAUCACCUAAUAUUUUAUGAACAAAUUUAAAGCAAUCUAGUCAUGAUUUUUCGGAAUAUCAAGACUAACAAGCCAGAACUUCAGUUAACAAGCCUGAACUUCAACUUAUAAAAAACAAAGAGUUUAUAUUACAUGCUUGAGACGCAUCACCCGUCUACAACGUAAAAUCAGUAAUAGAUUGUUUCUCUCAAUUUGCAGGAUAAACAAUUUGCAGGAUAUACAACUAUUUUUCUCUGAAGAAAAGGUCACAACUCCAGGAAAUCCCUGUUUUACAAUUCAAUUAAAAGUAUCCGCAACAAUACAGAUAGCAGUGAGAGUAAUAAAGAAAUGGAACAAAGAUAUAAACCGGGAUAUCUUCAUCCAAAAACAAAACGAAGGUGAUCCUGUCACUUUAUCAAAUAUAGCUGCUGGCAGACAGGGCAUCUUCUUCUUCAAUUGCUUUCAGGGAAGUGACCUCCUCAGAUGUUCCUUGAAACUAAACUUUAAUCGUUUUUAUCAGUUACCACCAACUGUCCAACAAAUGAAAAACAAACUUCCAGCCUCUAUUCUGUCCAAGGACAGUUACAGUGGAUUGGGAGAAAAGGUUAUUUCCCCUGGAUGAACCAUCCCCACCAAAAUACGUGAGGGAUGACGUUCCUUUAGACCACUCUGGCCACGUUCUAAAAGAGAAAUAGAGGAGCUUCAGCCAUGUUGCUAUUAAGCAGUACUGUGGCAUAAAAUUAUCAAUAACGACCAUGACAAUCAUAACAAAAUUUGACAGCAAAGGAAUCUCAAUUGGGAAUCUGUUGACAUGGAAACAUACAUGUCAAAUGCCGUAGUUGAAAAGAUAUUCUGAUGCCCAAAGAUAAUAACUAAUAGCUAGUUGUAGAUAAGAAAAUAAUAGAAACGAACGAAAAAUCAAUUUCGAGGAGAGCAAUUUACUUUUUAGAGCAAUUUAGGAGAGCAAUCUGUAGCUCCCUUCCAGCAUUUGAGGAGAGUCUGGAGGGGAGCGAGAGCUAUGGCUCUCAUUGAAUGGCCAGGCCUGCCUCAUGUUGUACCUGUUUCUAUGUCAUUAUUGUAAUUUUUCUGAGGUUUUCUGGAAGGGACACUUUAAAACAGACCUAGCUUUGUAUUUAUUGUAUUUUUAUGACAAUAGCAAUCUUCAUUUCAUCAAUCAAUAGUAAUCAAUAUGACUUUAGCAAUCAAUCAAUUCAUCGUUGAGACGAUUGGAAAAAAAGCCCCCAUUCACUCCAAAAUGAAUUUGCAAUUAAUGAUAAGAGAAAAUUGAUUAAACGGGCAGUUCUUGGAACUUGUAAGUAUGAUGUUUAUUUUUAAUUUUUUUUUAUUUUGCUAGAGAAUGGUCAGUAUCACUUUAUACUCUUUAUGCAUUUUUUGGGAAGACGAUAGGUCUCUGUACCAGCCAGACUGUUUAUAAAAAUGAAUAGAUUUGGUAACAGUAGAAGUGCUCAUUGUACUAAAAUUUGAAAACUUUAAUCAUAAAUACAUCAUUUGUAUGCUUGUGAAUGUGAUUACUAUU